CGGGGGGCUGGCUGUCCCUCUUCCCCCCGCGCCGCCACUCCGGGCGCGAGGGCGAACGGGGAAGGCUUUCCGCGGCGCACUGGAGGCGGAAGUGGGCCGGGCCGAGCCUGGGCCGCGCCCGGAAGUGUGGGCUGAGGGCGAGAGGGUGCGGGGGCGCGGGGGGGUAGGACUUGGCGGCGGCGGAGCUGGCCCGACCCUCCUGGCAGCGCCGGCCUGCUGGGCCGCCCCGACGCGCGGGUCUCGCGAGAGUUCCCUCCCGGGCGGGAGGCGGAGAGCGGCGCCGUUUCCCCUCCCCUCGCCCCCUCCCCCUCCAGGAAGAGCCUGGGCCCGACGCGGGAAGAUGGCGGCGGCCGGAGGCGGCGGCAGCGGCAGCGCGGGCUGCGGCGGCUCCCGGGCGGCAGGCGGGCCCGAGCUGUGAGACCCAAGGCAGGGCCGGCGUGAACGGGCAAGCGGCGGCGGCGGCGGCGGCGGCGGCGGAGGAUGAGCUUGCUUUGCGCUCAGUAUCUCCGGUGAGGAGGGCGGCGGGGGACGCCGGGGGUGGGCCGGGGGGCGAGGGGGCAGCUCCGGGCAGGGCCUUGGUGAGGGGCCCCGCUGCUGGCACCUCUUGGGAAGGGCGGGUGCGGUGCCUCCGCAUCUUUCGGCAGGCGCGCCUCCCCUGCCCGUGUACAGGCCCGGGGAGGCCGGCGGGCAUGUGCCGGGGAUGCUGUGCCACACGGGAGCCCUUUCGAAGGAGGGGGCGGAAGAACAUGGCCUCUGGCCGAGGAGCUUUCCCCACAUUGUGCCAUCCCGGCGGCCAGGUGCCCAUGCAACAAAAAGGGCAUGUAGGUUUGAAAAAGAAAGGAAAGGAAAUCGUCUUGCCUGCCUAUGUAAUGGGUCUAUAUACAAGGUGAACAUGAUCACACACACACAACGUUAACUGCACCUGCUUGGGAUUUUUCCACAAUGCCCUCCCGAAGCGAAGAUUCGGUUAGGAAAAGGUGAGAAGUGGGAGGUGGGCUCCUUACCAUCUGCCUCCCUGUCCUGCCAGCCACACUGGUGUGCUCGCACCAGCUUCACUCGCCUCCAGAGACAUGCCAAGGAAUGUGAGAGGAGUUUUAAAAAAGGCAUUCUGCAUGGAAGAGCAGUUUUGGGGGUGGGAAGUGGGGUAUCUAUAUAUUAGGAGCAAUUAAAAAUGGUAAGGCGUCAAAGGAAAGGGUGAGGAAUUAGGCUGCUGUAUUAUGGUGGAGGAACUGCUCUAGUACUCUUUCUGAGAAGGGAGAUUUGGUGAGAAAUGAGAAUGUGCAGGAGGGUGGUGAUGUUUCAUGGCUGAUGGGAGAGGUGAUGGUUGGAUGAGCAAAUGAGAAGACUGCAUGGUUGAGAGGAAUAGGCUGUUAAGGAAGUGAAGUGAGGGACCCUUGAUCACUUAAAGCUGCUGUGUAGUGGCGGAUAAGAAGCUGAGCAUGACAACUUUGCUGCCAUAGCUCUCUUGCCUUUCUGCAUGAGUUCUGCAGUAUUGGAUAGGUGUGCCCCAUUCAUGCUAAACAGUCCCGCUUCUUUUGGCACCAGCAUCUGACUUCAUGUGUAAAGCGAAGCCUGUAACUGCAAUAGGUUAAGCAUCUAGAGCUCCUCUGUGUAAGAUGCUAUAGCAAAAUGAACAGCAGUCUGUCUGCUGGUAGCCUCAAAUCCUCUUCUUGUGAGCUUGUAGUAGUACAGUGGUACCUCGGGUUACAGACUCUUCAGGUUACAGACUCCACUAACCCAGAAAUAGUACCUCGGGUUAAGAACUUUGCUUCAGGAUGAGAACAGAAAUCACGCAGUGGCAGUGGGAGGCCCCAUUAGCUAAAGUGGUGCUUCAGGUUAAGAACAGUUUCAGGUUAAGAACGGACCUCCAGAACGAAUUAAGUUCUUAACCCGAGGUACCACUGUAAACAUUUUAGCAGUUAUGGGGGAGCAGAUUAGAGAGCAGAGAUAAUCCAGGAGGCAUUUGUUGUUGUAAGGUGUGUAUACUCUACUUUAAAUAAUGAAGUUGCAGAACAUAACCAUGGACAAAGAGAAUGCGUCCCCUCAAGGUUUUCAGUCAGUUAUGCUUCAAAGAAUACAUCCUUCUACCAUCUUGAUCAACUUUAUAUUAGUCUAGAUGGUUUUAGAAUUUGACCAUUGCUAAAUGCUUUUCAUCUAUUUUAAUAUAUGUAGGUCAUAUGGUUGCUCUGCAUGAUAACACAUUAGAUUGACACAUCCUGGUGUCUUGUCCUAGCAGUGAAGAUUGUCACAAACAAAAGUGUGCUUUAUAGCACAGAAGCACAGAAAUGAGAGCUCUAAAUGAUUUUUUUUACCUUCAGAAAAAACAGGCAAAGGAAGCUGAGAUACGGUUAUCUGAAUUGCGCAGGUGUCCUUAGUGAGCCUUCAGGAUACAGCAGGAUGCUCUUUUUUGCUCUUUCUGUUGUAAAAGAAGCUGUCAUCUGCUUUCUCCCAAAAGAAGUAUCUCUGAAUAAGGAAGACCUAGCCAGAUACAGACCUGUGUCCGCCCUUCCCUCCUCAGGGAAGUUGUUGGAACAGAUGAUAGCAGAGAGAUUCCAGGUGUUAUUUGAUGCUGCAUUCUUCCUUGAUACCUUUUCAGUCUGCCUUCAGAAGUGGCCGUGGUAGAUCUGUGCCUGGAGAUCAGCAUGGGAAGCUGUCCUUGCUGACCUUCUUGGAGCUCUUUGCAGCUUUUGAUACUGUGGACCUUGUCAGUCUCCAGCACCUGUUAGAGCAUUUUGAGGUAUGCUCUUCAGUGGUUUCAUUCCUUGUAGUUUGAAUGUACCAAGAGGGAGACCAUUGGAGAGGCUUUUAGCCCCAUGACAACUGCUGUGUUGCAUUUCACAGGGCUCAGGGUUUUACUGCUGUUUAACAUCUGUAUGAAAUCAUUGUGCAAGUUCCUCCAGACUUUUGGAGUAUCACCUUUGGGUGUCAUCAGUACACUGGUGCCCAGUUCUGUAUCUUAUUAAGUAAGUAUCCAGGAGCUAACAUUUCUCUUUUUAACCAGGUUUUGCAGCUGGGUUCAGAAAAAAAUUAUUGAGCCGAUAAGCUGAAUUCAGGAAAAUCAGAGAUAAUGCUGGUGAGAAGCAGAUUGCUGUAGUCCAGAUAUGGACUUUGGUCCUCCAGAUGUGACUGAACUACAGCUUCCUUCAGACCCAGCAAGCAUAGCCAGUGGCCAGGGAUGAUGGGAGUUGUAGUUCAACAACAUUUGGAGUCCAAAGGUUCCCCUGCCUGUAGUCUGGGUUAGUAUCAGUCCAUCUGCUGCAGAAUCUGCACUCGCUUUUGAAGGGGAGAAACCUUGUCCAACAGGACCCCUACUUUUCAAAUUUCCAUGUUUGAUUGAUGUAAUACACUUUAUUCUGGACUUCAUGUGUUUUGUUAAAUGCCAUAUUGCAUUAUUUAUGGUUUUAUCUUUCCUUUGUAAGCCACUUAGUGAAAAAUGUUGAAAAAGCAGCAUAUAAAUAUUUGAAGUAACUGCAGGGAAUCCACUGACAGUUCCUUUCUGGAUGCCCUUAUGGCCCUGACAGUGCAUAGUUUUAUAACCUGAAGGUGGCAAUUUUGCUCUUGACACUUGCUUUGUCAGAAAAUGGACUGCAGAGUUCUAUAUCUGUUGAAGCUUCUGAACAGUCAUCAAUGGUAGCUCAGCAUAUGUGUUAUGGACAACAGGCUCUCCAUAAAGUUCUGAAAAUGCUUUCUUUUCUCUAGAUACCUUGUGUGUUUAUGUUGCAUCUGCUUAUAUUCCUAGAGAGGUUACAUAUUUAGAUUCUGUGGUAACAAUUCUGUUUGGAUUGUACUUCAUAAGCCCUUUAUAGCAGUUCCAAAACAUCUGGUUUUGUUUGUGUUUUCAAAAAAUAAUGGACUAAUAUCCCUUUCUUGGGGGAAGAAUGAGGAGAAGAUGAAUUGGGACAGGACAAAUAUUCUAGGCCCUUUAAAUCACCUCUGCUGUUAUGUGCAAAGUCAGCUGGAAACAGAACUAGCCACUGCUGGAUAUGUCCACAAUAAAGAUCUGCUAAUAAAUGGGUACAAUUGGAGAAGUAUGGCUUCUGCAGUGAUUGGUGCCAUUCCAAUAGUAGUUAGCCCCUAUUAGUCAUAGUGGUAAAGUUGUAGGGCAAACAUGAUUGCACAUGCUACAAUGAAAAGUGAAGUAGAGAACUAUGUGAAAUCAUUUGUGGUAGUUGUAAGAGGCAAAGCAGAAGUAAUGAGAAGGGAAUGAAGAAGUAAGCCCCAUUGAACAUACUGUAGUGGAUUUACUUCUAAGUUAACUUGCAUAGGAUUGCACUGUAUUUUUAAAAAGAAGCCCAACAUUCCUUCAGGCCCUGUGGACAUUCACAACAUAAACUAAACCAGUUUCCUAUGAAAUCCAAAAUAUAUUUGUUUCCAAGGAAUGAGAAGAAUCCUUAUCUGGCUAAUGUGUCCUUAGUUCUGUCAAUUAUGCAUCAUAAGGGUUCGGGGGGGGCGGCAAAAAAAUGUCUUUGAAAACCUUGUUUGCUUCUCAUGUUCACCUGUUGAGCAGAAUUGGAAAUUUCAGUUUACCACUACAUUCAUUAUCAAUGUGGGGUUGUCUUUGAGCCUGUUUCAAAGUGAAAUCCAGUAUUAAUUCAGAAUGUCAAGUAGUAUCUACUGUAUUUGAAGUCUAGUGAAUUAAAUUGAAACUGUAUUACAGUUGAUUUUUUAACAUUUUUCAAAGUCUUCAUUAAUAGCCUUACAGGAGUUCCAAAUUGUACCAACUCCCCAUUGAUGUGAAAUUGCCAUACCUUGUGAAUCAAAGCCAUUUUGAUCUUACACUCUCUGUUUUCACCUCAAGGUGACUUAACUUUGCACAUGUAAAUCUGCCAGUACAGUCAUACCUUGGAAAUUGAACGGAAUCCGUUCCGGAAAUCUGUUCAACUCCCAAAACGUUCGGAAACCAAAUCAAGACUAAUGAUUGGCUGCAGGAGCCCCAUCAGAUAUUCGGCUCCCAAAAAUAGUUUGUAAACCAAAACGGUCACUUCUGGGUUUGUGGCGUUCAGGAGCCAAAACGUUCAAGAACUAAGCUGUUUGAAAACCAAGGUACAACUGUAUUUGAGUAUCAAUUAUUGACCUCCUAAUCUAGGGAAAAUCAAGAGCCAGAAAUGGGGAACAUCGAUCUGGGUUGUUUUACAAAAUGUCUUCUGUUUCCAACAUGUUUUCUGCACAGUAUUUUAUCUUUUAAAAGUAUUUUCCUAUAGAGUUGUGGGCGGCGGGGGGGGAGUAAAUUGUACAGAAGGAAGAAAAAAUAAUUUUCUGUGACUUUAACUUUGCACUAUUCUCCUCCUCUAAGCCCUAGUUCAACUCUGAAUUAGUGUUUAUGAACUUAUCAGUCUGUACAGGGUUUGUUCCUACUGAGAUGUUUGGCCUAUAAAACAGAUCAGAUUACAUUAAAACACAAAAUAGGACUUCGUUUAAACUGUAAAAGAAAUUGAGAAGAAAAUUUAUGGGGCAGGGGGGAGGGAAGGCAAGGAUUCGGAGAAUCCCAUUUUAUGGAUUUGAUAAUGUUUUUGUGUAUACUUUUCUUUCUUUCAUUGUCGUUUGUUUUUAUUUUUGUUACUUUUGUUGAAAAUGGAGCAAACAGCACGCAGACCUAGUGGUGGGAGGAAAAAAUCCUUAAAUAAGAGACACGGGGGAAUGAUUAAUGGACUUCAAUGUCUGUACACUAAUGCGCAAAGCAUGGGAAAUAAACAAGAUGAGCUUGAGCUCUUGGUACAGCAAACUAAAUAUGACAUAGUAGGCAUCACUGAAACCUGGUGGGAUAAGUCCCACGAUUGGAAUGUAAUAAUGGAGGGAUACAAUCUAUUUCAGAGAAACAGACCAGACAAGAAAGGAGGAGGAGUGGCGUUAUAUGUCAGGGAUGUGUAUACCUGUGAAGAGAUCCAAGAUUUAGAACCUCAAAGCCAAAGUGAGAGCAUUUGGGUCAAAAUUAAGGGAGAGAAGAAUAACAGUGACCUCAUUGUGGGAGUUUACUAUAGAUCCCCAAGCCAAACGGAGGACAUAGAUGAUGCCUUCCUGGAACAGAUGGCCAAGCAUGCAAAAAGGAAGGGAGAUAGUAGUAAUGGGGACUUCAAUUACCCGGAUAUUUGUUGGAUGUCAAACUCAGCCAAGAGCAUAAGGUCAAACAGAUUCCUCACUGGCCUUGCAGACAACUUCAUUGUCCAGAAAGUGGGAGAAGCAACAAGAGGAACAGCCAUUUUAGAUCUGGUCCUAACCAAUGUUGAUGACCUGGUUAGUGGGGUAGAAGUGGAAGGAUCAUUAGGCACGAGUGAUCAUGCUCUUCUGAAGUUUACUAUACAGCGGAAAGGAGCAGCCAAGCAUGCUAGGACUCAAUUUCUUGACUUUAAGAAAGCCGACUUCAUAAAACUUAGGGAAGUGCUGGGUGAGAUCUCAUGGACAGUAAUACUAAAAGGAAAGGGAGUUCAUGAUGGCUGGGAGUUUGUUAAGAGGGAGAUAGUAAAAGCACAACGUCAGGCAAUACCAAUGAGACGGAAACAUGGAAGGUGCCUAAAGAAGCCAGGGUGGCUAUCUAAAGAACUUUUAACUGAGUUAAGAUUAAAAAAGGAUGUGUACCAAAAAUGGAAAAGGGGGGAAACCACCAAAGAGGAAUUCAAACAAAUAGCCAGCACGUGUAGACACAAAGUCAGAAAAGUCAGAAAAGCUAAAGCACAGAAUGAACUCAGGCUUGCUAGAGAGGUUGAAAGCAACAAAAAAGGUUUUUAUGGGUAUGUUCGUAGCAAAAGGAAGAACAAAGAAACAGUGGGGUCACUCAGAGGAGAAGAUGGUGAAAUGCAAACAGGGGACACAGAAAGGGCUGAACUCCUCAAUGCCUUCUUUGCCUCAGUCUUCUCCGAUAAAGAAAACAAUGCCCGACCUGAAGAAUUUGGAGCAAAUGAUUCAGCAAAGGAAACACAGACCAGAAUAACUAAGGAGAUAGUACAAGAAUACUUGGCUAGUUUAGAUGUAUUCAAGUCUCCAGGGCCAGAUGAACUGCAUCCAAGAGUAUUAAAAGAACUGGCAGAUGUGAUCUCAGAACCACUGGCAGUCAUCUUUGAGAAUUCCUGGAGAACAGGCGAAGUCCUGGCAGACUGGAGGAGGGCAAAUGUUGUCCUUAUUUUCAGAAAGGGGAAAAGAGAGGACCCAAAUAAUUACCGCCCAGUCAGUCUGACAUCAAUACCAGGGAAGAUUCUGGAGCAGAUCAUUAAGCAAACAGUCUGUGAGCACCUAGAAAGGAAUGCUGUGAUCACCAAUAGUCAGCAUGGAUUUCUGAAAAAUAAGUCAUGUCAGACUAACCUGAUCUCGUUUUUUGACAGGAUUACAAGGCUAGUAAAUGAAGGGAAUGCAGUGGAUGUAGCCUACCUUGAUUUCAGCAAGGCAUUUGACAAGGUGCCCCAUGAUAUUCUUGUAAAGAAGCUGGUAAAACGCGGUCUUGACUAUGCUACCACUCAGUGGAUUUGUAACUGGCUGUCUGACUGAACCCAAAGGGUGCUCAUCAAUGGUUCCUCUUCAUCCUGGAGAAGAGUGACUAGUGGGGUGCCACAGGGUUCUGUCUUGGGCCCAGUCUUAUUCAACAUCUUUAUCAACGACUUGGAUGAUGGACUCAAGGGCAUCCUGAUCAAAUUUGCAGAUGACACCAAAUUGGGAGGGGUGGCUAACACCCCAGAGGACAGGAUCACACUUCAAAACGACCUUGACAGAUUAGAGAACUGGGCCAAAACAAACAAGAUGAAUUUGAACAGGGAGAAAUGUAAAGUAUUGCACUUGGGCAAAAGAAAUGAGAGGCACAAAUACAAGAUGGGUGACACCUGGCUUGAGAGCAGUACAUGUGAAAAGGAUCUAGGAGUCUUGGUUGACCACAAACUUGACAUGAGCCAACAGUGUGACGCGGCAGCUAAAAAGCCAAUGCAAUUCUGGGCUGCAUCAAUAGGAGUAUAGCAUCUAGAUCAAGGGAAGUAAUAGUGCCACUGUAUUCUGCUCUGGUCAGACCUCACCUGGAGUACUGUGUCCAGUUCUGGGCACCACAGUUCAAGAAGGACACUGACAAACUGGAACGUGUCCAGAGGAGGGCAACCGAAAUGGUCAAAGGCCUGGAAACGAUGCCUUAUGAGGAACGGCUAAGGGAGCUGGGCAUGUUUAGCCUGGAGAAGAGGAGGUUAAGGGGUGAUAUGGUAGCCAUGUUCAAAUAUAUAAAAGGAUGUCACAUAGAGGAGGGAGAAAGGUUGUUUUCUGCUGCUCCAGAGAAGCGGACACGGAGCAAUGGAUCCAAACUACAAGAAAGAAGAUUCCACCUAAACAUUAGGAAGAACUUCCUGACAGUAAGAGCUGUUUGACAGUGGAAUUUGCUGCCAAGGAGUGUGGUGGAGUCUCCUUCUUUGGAGGUCUUUAAGCAGAGGCUUGACAACCAUAUGUCAGGAGUGCUCUGAUGGUGUUUCCUGCUUGGCAGGGGGUUGGACUCGAUGGCCCUUGUGGUCUCUUCCAACUCUAUGAUUCUAUGAUUCUAUGAAAAUGAAAAUAAACUGUAAAAAAAUUAUAUUUUGGGGAGAAAGAGUAAAAUUUUUAAAACUUUAAUAUAUGCUAUUGAUGAUGUGCUUGGUUUAGAAUUCAUGGGGUCAAAAUUUCAAGUUUGACAUAGGUUUCAAACUGUACCAACCUAUGUUACCCGGAAGUCACUGCUGCCAUAGCCCUGGGGUUGGCAAUCUGUUUGUCUUUGGGUAUUGUGUUGGAAAUGUAUCAAGAGCUGGAAGGCUUGAUGAAUAUCGAGAUUGGUAUUAUAAUUAGAUAAAUCUUGGAUAAAUACUGUAGAUUCCCUGACUAUUGUCUGGGCUUAAUGGAGUUGGAGUCCAGUGUCUGCAGGGCCACAAGUUCCCUACCUCUGCUUUAGUCUUUGCACAAAUUCAGUUUUUAAAAAUCAAGUAAAGGCGUAUGAGUUAAUUGAAUAGUGUUUUUUCCUUAUCUUGCUCAGUGACGGUGGUUUUAAACUUUCUCCUCUUAGGGAACUCUUUCUCAUUGAUUUGUCUUCCAAAUAACCUGUGUGGGGUAGAAGAUUAUUCUGAGACAUGCUCUUGGGUUAGUCAUUUCAUACAGAACAUGAGCCUCAUCUUUGUCCAGUGCAUCUGGAACACUUGCUGUUUGACAAGCUGUCUUUUGGGGAAGUUGGACUUCUAUUACUGCUAUUAAGUGAGAAGAAUCCCUGAUAAGCUUCACCUUGGGGUUCACUGAAUAGAGUUUGAAAACCAGUGUUUUAUCCUUCUGUUUUCUUUCAGAUCUCUUUUGGUAAUGCCCGGUCGUCACCUUCCCUGAGAGCUGCAACUACUCAGCAUUUCUUUCCUCUCCCACUUUUUUAGACUUCUGGCCCUCUGUGUUUUUGUAUUCUUAUUCAUACUAAGUUUUGUUGUCAAAGAAAGCUGGAGAAUAACAGCAAUGGUAGUAUUUGCUUAGUUGUGCCAGUUUUAACAUACCUAGCUAAUCUUUUUCCUUGAUCCAGAUAGCCACGCAUGCUACUUUCUAAAUCAGGAGUAGCCAACCUGAUGUUCUUAGAAGACAUCUUAAGGCAGCCCUGUUCAGGGAAGUUUUUAAUCUGUGAUAUUUUACUGUAUUUUUGGUUUCUAUGGAAGCCGCCCAGAGUGGGCGGGGUACAAAUAAUAAUAAUAAUAAUAAUAAUAAUAAUUAUUAUUAUUAUUAUUAUUAUUAUUGCCUUUGUGUGCCAUUGGACUACAAUUCUCAUCACCCCUGUCCAUUGGCCAUGCUGGCUUAGACUCUUGGGAGCUGGAGUUCAACAACAUUUGAAGGGCAUUCUGCGGAAACACCUCUUGUUCUAAGUUAUAUGAUAUACAUGUUAACAGUCUGGAUUCUUGGACUACAUUAACACCUUAUAACUACAGUCUGUUUUACAGUCUCCUGCUACAGCUUGGAUGCAGUCUGACUUUGGUGGUAACCAUUGUUGCAGAGUAUUUAUCAGAGGGAGUUUCACAAAGUGCACCCUUUUGAGAACUCGAGGAUCUAUCUACAUAGUCCCAUCCCAACAAAUUACUUUUUUGGCUUUCUUUGCCAGUGCAUGCUUUAUGGGACUGUUUCAGGGAGAUGAGAAAAAUGGGGGUGUCUUGUAGCUUCCAUAGAUUGAUUGCUGUAGAUCUGACAGAGAUGGCUUUCUGCCAGUUUUGUCUCUUCCUGAGUUCAAGACCAGUAGUCAAAAGAGUCCUGAAGCUUUAGAAAAGGUACGCUGUGAAUUGAAGGCCUCAUAGCAUGUUGGCUAUCCCCAGGCAUUUGGUAUAGGAAGGUAGUUCUAAUUAAUAGGGGACUGCUGCAGAUUGUGGCAGUUCUGUGGCGGAGUCCUGCUGCUAUCCCAGUGGUCUUCAAAAGGUGGUUGUGCAGUAUUUUCCUUGAUAUGAUUUUACUGCAGAAUAUGAAUUUUUAAAAUAUCAAAAAGCACACUAUUCUUUGAGAAAGGGUAUUGUGGUUGUAGAUUAGGUACAUACAUUUUUUUUGUCUUUUAUUACAUCUUACCAACUUGAUUGAUCAUUGGCUUACUUUAGGUUGGAAGCAUAAAUUAGAUAAAGGUGGAAAGUACGGCAUUGAUCGAAUGACUAUAGUACCAGAAACAUAUACCUUCCACUAGAAAUUCAAGUAUUGGAGUGUUGAUUUUAAAAUGUUGCCAGCAAUGGUAGCAUAAAACAUUUCUUCUGGCAAAGAAAUUAUCUGCUUCUUAUUCUCCUCUUCUAGUACUUCAGAAAAAGCUUCCAUGCAGAUUUGUGCUUCACCUACCUCCCCUAUUUCAGUCUGCCCAUGAAAUUACAAGAGUUCUUGCACUCAUACUGGUUCCCUUUUCUUCACUGGGACUCGUAUUGUCGGAAUUCAUACACUAUGUAUUCAGCCUCACUAAUUAAGGGAAACUGGAAAAUUAAGUGUGCUUUGCAUGCAUAAUUGUACUAAACAUCUAGUUGUGUGUCUGUUACAUGAAAUAUUUUUGAUUGUGUGUUUUCUAGUCUUUGAAUGUCCCCUGUGCAAAUUGUGGUGUUAGCCAUAACCAGUGGCUGAGAGCUAUUUGCUUGUGUUUACGUUGUGGCCAUGCAGUAGUACAGUGGUACUUCCGGUUGCAGACGGGAUCUGUUCCGGAGGUCCGGUCAGAUCCUGAGGUUUCCAUAACUUGAGGACUGCUUCUGUGCAUGUGCGUGUGGCGAAACCCUGUAAAAUACUUCCGGGUUUGCCGCAUGUACAUCCUGAAGUUUACGUAACCAGAGGGUUAUGUAAAUGGAGGUUCGAUUGUAAUAAACAUAGGUCUGUAGUUCUUGGAAGCCACUUUCAUGCGGAAAACUGAAGGAUCCACGGUGGAUUGCAGGGCAGUGACAUGCAGGGCUGUGCACUUAAGCCCCUAUCCCCAGGCAUGACUGGGGGUAAAGUGGCUGCUGAAAGGACUGUGGGAGAAGAGGCACCUAUUCCUGCCCAGUGCUCCUCCCCUGGAAAUCAUGCCUGCCAGCCUGCCGCUUACCAGUUGCAAAAUUCUAGCUGUGAUUCCCAGACCUGUUGUUGUUUAGUCGUUUAGUCGUGUCCGACUCUUCGUGACCCCAUGGACCCAGACCUGUAUUCACUGCUGAAUGCAUAGAUCAGACUUCAGUUCUCUUCAUACAUGGCACUUUUCAGGAUGAAGAUUUGCAUUGUGUGCUCUUGUGCUGUUGACCAUGUGCUGAUUCUUGCAGACUGUGUAUCAGGGUGGAUUUGAUUUAAAUCAAAUUGAUUUAGAUCACAAUUUAAAUCACUAGUCAGUAAGACUCGUUUUAAAUCAUUUUUUUUACAGAAAGACUCAUUCUUGCUGGUAUAAUCUUAAUAUUUACAACCAGAUGAAGGUUUCAUUUUUGAAAUAAUAAAUUUUCAGAGUAGUUUUUACAGUUACAAAGGUAAGGCCAGUCUUGGGAUGAGGGCAGGUAAAAGGUGAUCAGGACAAAACAGCGCCCAUCUAAACAGUGAGGCACAGCAGCAGCAGAACCAAUGCCGCAUCCAGAGUAUCAUCACUCAUACCAGCCGGAGUGGCAUGCGGGCCUAGAGCUGGUACCAUGAUCAGCUCCUGGGCUGCCUCAGUCCCCGAACACCCCAUUAAGCAGGUGAGAUGGGGAGCUCCUGUGAGCAGAGGGACACUUCUACUAAUUUCAGCCUAUUCUUCCAGACAAAGGGGAGUGGACUGUCUGCCUCUCCUUGACUUGUCUGCCUCUCCUUGACUUGCAGCACGAGCGUGGGCACCAGCAAGUCCAGGGCCAAGCAGACAGCUGUCCUCUCCAUGCUCCUGCCAUGAGGCGUCCAAGGACAUCACCCCACUGGGCAUCCCUUUGCUGGCCACAAGGAGAAGGAUGCACCCCCACAACCCUGAAGGCCCAACCUGGGUGUAGCUCACCUUCCCAUGGCUCUGGAAGAUGGCAGCCAUGCUGCCUCAGCAAGGGAGCCUGUCAUGGGGGCACUGCUUUGUGCCCCAUCAGAAUUCAGCGCUUGGAGCCAUCGCCCCCCCUCACAUUGUCAUGCUAUGCCACUUUGUGAGCUAGGUAGGUAAAGGACCCCUGGACAGUUAAGCACGGAAACACUGUUCGCCUUCCUACCGCAGUGGUACCUAUUUAUCUAUUUGCACUGGUAGGCUUUCGAACUGCUAGGUUGGCAGGAGCUGGGACAGAGCAAUGGGAAAUCACCCCAUCGCAUGGAUUCAAACCACUUACCUUCCGAUCGGCAAGCCCAAGAGACUCAGUGGUUUAGACCACAGCAAAGUCAGUGGGAUUGGUUUGCCUGCAAACUUUAUAUUGGUCCUAAAUGUAUUUCUGUAGUCUUCAAACAUUUGAACCAAUGUAACCAUAAAAGAUAAACAGAUCUGUCUUAUAGAUAGGUAACUUUUUGAAGAUAUGCUUUCUGCAGUAAAACUUGUAUCAGCUUUUCUAAAGAUACUGUUUCCUCACAUUUCUUUAGCUUUCUUCAUGUUUCUUCAAAUAUAUAGUGGUACCUUGGUUGUUGAACGGCUUAAUUGUUGAACAAAUUGACUCCCAAACGCCGCAAACACAGAAGUGAGUGUUCUGGUUUGUGAACAUUUUUUGGAAGCCAAACAUCCAACGUGGCUUAUGCAGCUUCUGAUUGAGUGCAGGAAGCUCCUGCAGCCAAUCGGAAGCCGCACCUUGGUUUUCAAACCGUUCCAGGAGUCAAACAGACUUCCGGAAUGAAUUAAGUUCACCAACCAAGGUACCACUGUAUUUCUUUCAUCUUUGAAGAAAUUUUCUCAUUGUAGCUUCUGUUCUCUCAUGCAGGAUGUUCUUUCUUGCUUGUGAAGGCAACUCAUUGGCAAGACCUCACUGUGUGGGUAGGGGAGAACAUAAGAGUGCAAUCACAUUCUUUUCCUCUCUCCUCCAGCAUUUCUAGUGUUUGGAAUCUGAGGCAUAACAGCCAUUGGUAUGACACAUAUAUAAAAUGACUUACAAGCUAUCUUUUUAGGCACAGCUUACUCAAGACAGUGUACUCAGCAUAAAAACACGAUAUAACAAAUUUACAAUAGCAGCACUAUUAACAAUAUCUUAAAACACAGGCCAAAUAAUUUGCUUUUUCACAUUAUCAUGUGUAAAUGUUCUUAACGUGUGCACCAAUCCAUUGAUGAAUGUGUGUGCUUGUUUAUCUAAAUAAAUAUAUAUUGUGCACCUUUAAUGACAGUUUCCAGAGCUGUUUUACAAGCAUAAUAUGAAAUGGUGAGAAAACGGCCAAGUCAAACAAUAUUGUUUGUGUUAGCAUGUCAGCCUAGGCAGGUGUUGGUAUUGUUGUGGUAGUGCUCAUAGCAAAUAGGCUGGUGCAUACGGUCAGGUUAUUUAAAUGUGAUGUUCUACAUGUAAGCUCUUUAGCUGUAUUCAUUGUUUGUUUCAAACCUUUACUUUGGUCAUACUUUGUAAAAUGGCUGAUCUUAGUGGGGACCAUUCACAAAGCAGGGUUGCUUCCACUGGGAGCCAUCUUUUAUUUCAAACUAGCAGAAUGCCUAGCAUUGUAGCGUGAAGGGCAAACCUAUUUACUACAAGGACCCCUAGUUGCCUGCAAACUCAUUGCAACACUGGAAACUGUUAUAAACUAGAUCAGACUGCUUGUCUCUCUAUCUCAGUAUUGCCUACUCUGACUGGCAGUGGUUUUCCAGAGUCAUAUGUAGACGUUUUUCCAUCACCAUCUGCCUAGUCUCUUUUUUAAAAAAAACAAACAAACCCAAAAACAAGCUGUCUCAGAAAUUGAGGCUGGGACCUUCUGCAUCCAGAGUGUCCCACAUUCUGGACAGGUGUUGAUGCAUUGCUUGCAAAGUUAAGCCUUCCUAGAAGAAGAAGAAGAAAAGAGUUUGGAUUUGAUAUCCCGCCUUUCACUCCCUUUAAGGAGUCUCAAAGCGGCUAGCAUUCUCCUUUCCCUUCCUCCCCCACAACAAACACCCUGUGAGUGAGGCUGAGAGACUGCAGAGAAGUGUGACUGGCCCAAGGUCACCCAGCAGCUGCAUGUGGAGGAGCGGAGACGCGAACCCGGUUCACCAGAUUACGAGGCCACCGCUCUUAACCACUACACCACACUGGCUCUCUCCUACCCAUUUGGCAUGCCAGUUUAGUUUAUUUGUGCAUUAUGAAGAAGCAUAGAACCUUUGCAAAGCAUGGAUCAUUGAGGACUUACUCCCUUUGACCCCUAAGGAGCUGUUGGUUUUCUUGAACUAGACGAGUGACUGUAGGGAGCCCUUUUUAGUCUUGCAUCUACUAUUCUAAAUGAUCAUCUCACACAGAUUCUCCAUUGGACAAUUGUGAGAUCUUGUCAGUUAAAGUAAUUUUAAUGUGGGAGAAACUGCUAAAGGGAAGAGCAGGAAUUGAAAGGUGCAUACGUUGGGGGUGAAAGUACCAGCUGCCAGGAAGCAGGCCCUGAGACAGGAGCCUUGACAGCAGGUGUUGGAGCGUCAAGGUUGUGACUAUUUUUAGGGGAAAGUAUACAAACAUAGCAUGGCAUGGCAGUCUGUUUGUUUUGAAACCGCCUUUGCAAAAGCUAUAUGUAAAAUAUAGAUUGCAUUUGAUGAACCAAAGCAAUAUUUAGACCUUACCAGAAUAACUCAAAUGUAUCUGAAAUCUUUGUUUUUAUACAUUGGUUAAAACAUAACUGCACUUUUUAUCUACAACAAAAUGUUUUCUCUAAACACAGGACAAAGAGAAGAUGGGAUGAGGAUGAGAGCCAGUGUGGUGUAGUGGUUAAGAGUGGUAGUCUCGUUCGCGUCUCCGCUCCUCCAUAUGCAGCCUGCCGGGUGACCUUGGGCCAGUCACACUUCUCUCAGCCCCACUCACCUCAGCCCCACUCACCUCAGCCCCACUCACCUCACAGGGUGUUUGUUGUGGGGGAGGAAGGGAAAGGAGAAUGUUAGCCGCUUUGAGACUACUUCGGGUAGUGAUAAAGCGGGGUAUCAAAUCCAAACGCUUCUCUUCUUCUUCUAUAGUUCAAAUGACAAAAACUCUAGAACAUAUUUUAUCUGAUAUAUUUUCUGAGAGUCUUAGAAAAUGCAGGUUUUUCAACAUCCUGAGUGUUUUAGAAGGGAGGGUCACAUUGUAAGUUCAUUAGGUUUUUUUCUAAGGUACUACAGUAUAGCUGCAUAAUCCUGAAGAGUGGUGAUGGUUUAUAAAUCAGUUGAAUAAAACUGAAGCUACUGAUACUUGGUUUCCUCUGGCUCUAGAAUUUAGUGUACUUAAUUCAGAUAGAAACUGCAAACUGCAUGGUGUGGCAAAAGUGGAUGGUUAGUAGUUUUCUUCCUCAUAAUACUAGAAUCUGUCCAAGAUUCAGGACAGACAAUAAGCAGGUAGUUAACACAGCACUUGGUAAGAUAAGACAAGACCAGUUCUAUUAUAUUUAGUAGAACCAGAUAAUUAACUACUUGACAGUGCAUCAUUUCUUGAUAGAAAUGAGACUGUAGAUAAUUUCCGAUAAUUCUGAUAAUUUCUCUUAAGGCUUUAAAUUUACCCAUAAAAAGUGUUGUGAAAUAUUGUCUCAAAAUAUGGUUAAAUAGUAGUGUCAAUAACUAAAAGUUGGACUUCUGCAUCAAAUCAUGUUUGCAUGUUACACAACCGCUUGUUGCUGUACGACAUUGAAACUACUAAUUAGAGCAGGGGUCAGCAAACUCUUUCAGCAGGGGGCUGUUCCAGUGUCCCUCAGACCUUGUGGGGGGCCGGACUAUAUGUUGCCAUGAUUAUGACCCGCAUUUUUGGCAAAAACCCAUGUUGACAGUUAUUGUUUAUCUCGUGAGUGGGGGGUGGGGGCUAAGGUAAGCGCGCCAUUUCUGUCAGCCCUUGAGAGUGUGCGCACAUGGGUGGGUGAAGGGAAAAACCAUUGGCCAAGCUAAGUCAGGCCAGUGCCACUCAAGCAAAAACGUUCUUUUCCCUGUGUGAGGGAAGACAAGGCGGUUGCAGCUAUUUACCUUUCCGCGGCUUGCACUGUGUAGCUAACAAGCGGCCUCCCCAGCAGAACUGCUUCGGAGUGCAGCUGCCCAGGUGCUCCCCACUUCCUCUGGCAGGGAGCACCGCUGCCACAGACACCAGCGGGCGUCGCUCCCGAGGCGCCUCCGAGCCCCUGCUGUCGCAAGUGCCCUUCCUGAGGUCAGUUGCCGGCAGCUCCAUGGUGGAAAUCUGAACUGUGGCUCUUUUUCCCUCUCCCCCCCACCCCACCCCAGAAUAAAAGAUUGCUGCGCGCACAGCGGACGGAGAAGGGGCUUGUCUCCAGCAGCCGCCCGCCUCACUUUUGACCCCCCAAGCCUGGCUGAGUCGCAGAAACCAUCACGUGUGUGCGCUAUGCCGGCUGCCUGGAUUCCUGGACCGUCCACGGCCGGAUCUAGAAGGCAAUUGGGCCUGAUCCGGCCCGUGGACCUUAGUUUGCCGACCCCUGAAUUAGACUAUCGGGUACGCUUAGCAUUCCUUUCAAAAUUGGCAAAGCAGACAUGGGGAGCAGCUGAAAGGGGAAGGGGUGUUGGGACUUGGUGAUCUAGUUUCCUAGAUAUGGUGAAGUUUAAGGAGGUGGUACUUGCAGUUGUCAAGAUCUGUGCAAGAAAAAGUUGUCAUCACUCCAUAGCUCAUUUAUUGUUACAGUAAAUGAAGGGGAUGGGAAUCGGAACUUUUGAUUUUGAUAAAGCAAAACUCCUCCCAUAGGGAAGGGAAGGGAAGGGAAAGGAAAGGGGGUUGGUGAAUAGUGUGCUGGCUUAUUCAUGUUGUGGUUUAGCAUGAUGGGCAAACUUCAUGUAUGUGAAUAAAGAUGGGAAGCAUAAUAGGCUCAAUCAAUCCAUAGGAUCUAUUUAUUAAUUUAUUUAACAAAAUUUAUAUACCGUUUGAUUAUAGAGAAACAGAACCUCUAAGCUGUUUGCAAAAAUACUAAACAUUAAAUUUCCCAUUAAAAACAGUUAUAAGCAGGUAUUUAAAAGCAUCAACAAGAUUAUUAAAAUGAACACUAGCUAAAAAGAGAUUAAACGCAUAUAACUUCUACAUGUCUGGAUAGGCUUGCCUAAACAAAAAUGUUUUAAGCAGGUGCUGAACAGAUUGCAGCAAAGGUGCCUGCUUGAUGUCAUUAUGAGGGGAGUUCCGAAAUGUAAUAUUAUGUAGUACUUUUGAACAGUGGCAUAGCAAGGUCAGAUGGUACCCGGUGCGGAAAAUUUCUUGCCCCCCCCCCCACAUUGAAAUUCUUAAAAGAAGGAAAAAUAAGAUACUCACAGUGGAAAGUGUAAUUUUCAGGUUUAUUUACUUAAUAUUGUGAGCAUAAGCACUUAAAACCGUUUUUUCCUAACUUCGUUCUCUGCAAACUUUGAAAUCACAUCAUCAAUUCCUUUCGCUACUUUGUUUUCAAUUGACAAGAUGGCUAAGCCAGAGAGCUUUGCCGAUCUCAACCUGAUGCCCUUUCUGAUUCUGCUUCCAGUCUUUCUCUUCCUGCCUCUGCUCCCCGAAAACGUUUGCUAUGCAUCUAGGCCUGUGAUAUAGCGAAGGCCAAAGAAAGAGAGAAAGGGUGGCCUUCCUGUUAGGCAGGGAGACAAGGCUGCUUCAGGUGCUAAAGUAGGGGGGCAGAAGAGCAAAAGAGCAAAACCCAGCUGGGAAAAGAGGAAUCUGCUUCAGUCUUGCUCUGAAGGAGCUUCCCAGGACCUUCUGAGCAGAGGCACAUCAGAUAUGGAAGCUAGGAGCUAAAUGGCACCUUAAACCUAGGUUAUGGGCGCAACAACAGAAUGUCUAGGCGUACUUUUUUAUAACAAGAAUACAAAGCUGAAAAUGAAUGAACUGCAGCUAAAAUCUUAUGUUUGUUUUUCACAUGCUCUAAUCCUUCCCCUGCCCACUCCACUAAUAUUCUGAAAAGGGUCUCUUCUCCAUUCUUCAGAGAGUGGCUGGAAGUGGGGAGGCCAAAAAAGGUCCUCCUUUCCUUCCACUCUGCAGUUUUAAUCUGAAAUCUUAGGCACCCAGAGCUCAGAAACUGCUUGCACUAAUGAAAUUCCCUGUUGCAAAAUGCGCCUAGAACAAUGGGAGUUUCGAACGCUGGCCCCAGACUGGGGACUGCUUCUUGGAUUAUACUGGUUUGUUGAUUUUUUGAAAAGCGUUCUUAAAACAUCAGCACCAAAUAGAAUCUCUGGAGGAAACUGAAGUCAUUGGGAGAUGAGGAAGAAGCAGAGGAGACCAGGGAGGCUGGUGGGUCUCAAGACCAGAGAGGAGGGGGAGCAGGAGCCGGAGGCCAGGGGGGCAGGGAGGGUCUUGGCCAGAGCCAUCCCAGGUUGCCUGGGGAAAGAGUGGCAGGCUCUGAGCAGCCUCAGUUUUCCCCACCUGUGAAACUGGACCAGCUGGGCAACUGGCUGUUGUGUUCACCCCCGCUGCAAACAAAAAGGCAGCACCAAAGGGAGGACAGUAUUGUGACUUUAUUGCAUUGUAUAAUUUUUUUAAAAAUGAAAUUGUCAUUGUCUUAUUUAUAUUUAUAUGAUGCUGUGUUUUAUGUUAGAGAUUGCAAUAAUGCUGUUUGUGAUUAUUGUGAAACACUUUGAGCUCAACAUUUGUUUUUGGACAAGCAAAAUACAAAUAUUAAAUCAAAUCAAACCCUGCUUUUCUUCCUAAGUUGCCUUUUACUUUGUAUUUCUUUAUUCAACUUUUUUUUUAAGGUGCAGAGGGUGACAGUGGACUACAGCAGCCGGGCCAUGUAGUCUGCUUUCUAUACUGCACAGUGGGCAGCCUGAGAGAGUAACAUAAAACAAUGCUGUUGUGUAGACCACUUGUAUUAUUAUGCUCUAUUGCGGCUUGGAGGAGGAUCGUGGCUGAGAAGGGUUUGCAACAGCCACUCUCAUUUUGCCCCAAGGCAGCUUGGUGCAUGUGGCUGAGAGGUGGGGUGGCGGUAGGGGGCUCACAGCAACCCUGCAGCGCAGGCCACACUUUCUCCCCACAGGAGAGCUCUUUUCAUAGCUCUGUAACUGGAAUUCCAUGCAGGGAAGGCAUGCCUCUGAGCAUAUACAGACCACAAUCCCAGGCCCCAACACCCCAAAGGGGUUGGGGGGGGCACUGAGUGAAAAAGUUGCCUCUGCUGCCUUUGUCCGCCCAUCUUUUCUGCCUCGCUUACCUUUGCUGGUAUGCCUCCCCCACUCCCCGCCCAAAGCCAAACUUCAAAGGCCCUAAGGAGGCCUACCCUGCAGGGCUGCUGGGAGUAAUCUUCUGUCUCUCAAAGGGUGAUGGGGGCUCCUCUCACCAUGAACCCCAAGAAGAAAAAGGGCAGAACGCCUUCUUUGAUGCUUGCAAGGCGUGUGACUUCUUUUUAAAAGCCCCUUUUCACAUGACACUGUGCCAGGAUUGGGGCCUCUCGCCCCACUUCUCUCUUUUCUGGGGACAGGACUCCUUGCUGCCAGGCAGGCAAAGAAACUGAAACAAAUGCCUAGAGAGGCUUGUGCUAGAAAGAAAUGAAGGAGAAAGACGUCCGGGGGGGGCGGCGGGUGAGAGAGAAGCUUCGUUUUGAAAUGCACCAUUUGUUUAAGGGGCAUUUUUAAAAAGAAAGAAAGAGAGAAAGUUGUUUAAACACUAAGAAAUGGGAUGAUAACCUCUAGGGAUAUGGAUUCCAAGAUAUCCGAUUGUUGGAGUUCAGAGGAAUCCCUCAGCUGGAUCUUGUGUAGAAAUGAAUUUUCUUCACCGGAUGAACGAGUUUCAAAGUUUUACUGCAGAACCGUCUUAAAUACUAGUUACAAUAAGAUAAAUGUUAUGAAAUACCAAAGUAACACAAUGUAAACAGUUAUAGCUGAAUCCACCAUGGGGGUAAUGGACCCCUCGAGGCUUCUCCCCAACCCACCAUUUCCACUUCUGGAAAACCAGGGAAUCUGCUGAAUGCAUUCCUGGUUCAAGGUGACACGUGCACAGCCGGGCUCCCUGAGAAGGAGAGGAGGAGGCAGAGGCGGGGCUCCAGGGUCGGUAUUCUGGAGGUUCGGGCUCGCGCUGACCUCUCCCCACCCUCAGCCUCCACCCCCACCCUGCCCCGCUUCUCCUUUCCCGCCAGGGCAACCAGCAGCGGGGGCAGAAGGAGCGUGGCAAUGUUGUUUGCCCAAGGCCGCUGCUUUCUUUCAGGGAGCGGGUGCGUUCAGCCGUCACCCCCCUCAGGAUGGCACCCGGCCCACCCCCCUUUCUCUGCCACUGCUUUUGAAGGUUAAUACCAUUGUCCAUUACCUGGACCAAAAACCCUUGAAAUUUAUUUUUUCUAUAUUUUUGGCAGUUUACAUAUGCUUAUUCCAAUGCAAAGUCUCUCAACAGAACUGAAAUGAGUUCAAUAUCUUGGUUCUGCAUUAUGGUAAUACUUUUUGAGGGAUGGCAUGGGGAGUGGGGUGGUAAGAGUCUUGCUGAAUAUAUAGUUUCAGAAUUACAAAUCUUGUGUUCAGGGGGCAUUUAAUAGGAUAGAAGUAAAUGUCAAAGUCACUAAACCUGACCUAGAGGAAAUAUUAUAGUGUGGGCUUCCUUUUCUUUCUUUUUUUGAGAGAGAAUCACUACUUUUCUAUUGUUUGGUAUCUCAGUAAGAUGGUUAAAUGCAUCCUCUUCUAAUUAUAAUUUUGGAUAUGUGAUACUGAGCAUCUAAUUACUCCCACUUAAUGUGUUAUAGGAAAUGCUUUUUUGACACCCUUGAGUCUUCCAGAUUGAAAUUCAGAUCGGUUGUACUGUGCCCAUAAAAAUGGGGCACCUAAGAUGUGAAUAUGCUGGAUUUUUACUUUCAUCAGCCCUUUCUGGUUCUGACAAUUAUUAUUUUGUAUUUCAUUUGCAGGCAGGCAGAAGUCCUGAAGGCUGACAUGACGGGUAAUGAGCUUUGCUUUUCAUUUCAAAUCAGCCAGAAACUUGGGUGGUCUGCUUUCCACAAUUGCUACCUCUGGAUGCGAAUGGGACCUGUUCCAGAGCCCUGUUCGCAUCCUGAAGCGAACGCAACCCGCGUCUGCGUGGGUCACAAUUCACCGCUUCUGCGCAUGCGUGUGAUGUCAUUUUGAGCGUCUGCGCAUGCGCGAGCAGCAAAACCCGGAAGUAACGCAUUCCAUUACUUCCGGGUCACCGCAGAACGCAACCCAAAAACGCUCAACCCGAAGCUACUUCAACCCGAGGUAUGACUGUAAAAUACAUGAACUAGGAUCAGUAAACUGUGUUUUUCCUUUUAAUGUGUGCCCUCUACUUCUGACAAUGCUUCUGACAACUUUGAUAUCUGCCCCCUUUUCUGCACCCAGAACACAAGAGAUGUACUAGCAUAACUCGCAAAAUGGUGUUCAAGAAAUUCAGAGCUAGGAUAACGUGCCAUCAUUAUUUCAGAGUAAGCAAAUUAAUACACUGGCACCUAAUUUUUCCACAUUUCCUUCACCCUGAGAAGUUUCAGACCAAAAUCUUGCAUUACAGGGUGUUUUCAGCUGCAGCCUUUGCUGAUGUAGAAAGGAAAGUGUUGUAUCUCGGUGAAUCCUCUUUUGAGGAAAUGGCAAAGAAAAUGCAGUUGUUGUGCUAUCAUAAUAAAACCUUGAUCUUCUUGCUACUCAGAUUCAAAGCUGGGUCCAGCUGAGGCCUGGACAUCCAGACAGGCUUUGCAGGACUUAUACCAGAAAAUGCUGGUAACAGAUUUGGAGUAUGCAUUGGACAAAAAAGUGGAACAAGAUCUGUAAGUAUCUUAAACUUGGGCAUGUACUGUUUGUCAAAGAGAUCCCUGAAAUUUUGGGCAGAAUUAAUGGCAUAUUCAGAAGAUAUUCUUUUAUCUCUGAGUGUGUCAGCUUAAAAAGUUUAACUGGUCUUAACAGAACUUUCAAGGUAUCACUUGGGAAAUUAUUUUGAAAAGGUGAAGUUUGACUGGAAAUGUGGUUUGACAUAAACCAUAAAUAAUUCAGUGAUUAUUUUAUUUCAUUUUUUUAUAUUGCAUGUGGCUGGUAGUAACAUGGAACAAAUGUGUAAUAUAGUAUUGAGCUAAAAGUAUGUAUUGUUAUUUGGAUGAACUGUUCACAUGUGAAGCUGUUUUAUUGAAUAGGAGGCAGGGUUGUAAAGAGUGAGGCCUGCAGAGUGUCCCACAUUGGACACUAAACUUCUCUUUCUUCCUAUAGGUGGAAUCAUGCCUUUAAGAAUCAGAUCACAACUCUACAGGGUCAAGCAAAAAACCGAUCAAAUCCAAAUCGGAGUGAAGUUCAGGCUAACCUCUCUCUGUUCUUAGAGGCAGCUAGUGGCUUCUACACACAGGUGAGUUGAGGGAUUGCAGUAUGAGCAUGGGGCAUGGAAAUGGCAUAACUUCCAUGGCACCAAAUAGGUUUUGUAUGUUUCUUGUCCCCGCAAGAUGUGGUAAAGACUACCAACCUAAACACCUUUAAAAGGGGAAUAGACAAAUUCACCAAGCUGUCAGUUGGUGCUUAGUCAUGAUGGUUGUAUGUGACCCCACAGUUUCAGAGGCAUCCAUCUUAAAAUUCAGUUGCUGUGGAACAGCAGUGUGAGAGGGGCUGCUUGAGUCUUCCCAUAGGCACCUGGCUAGCUACUGCAAAACAGGAUGCUCGCCUUUGGUUCAAUCCAGAAGCACUUGCCUUUCGUUCUUACAUGCAUGUAUUCCAUUUUGCUUUUGCAAUAUCUCUCUUUUAUAGAAACAUUAGGUACCCUAUGGACAUAACUGAUACUGAGUUAGACCAUUGGUCUGCCUUGUUUGACAUUGUCUCCUCAUAACUGCUUGCAGCUCUUCAAGGUCUGCCUCAGCCCUGCAGUCAGAGAGUCAUUUCACUGGAAAUGCCAUGAAUUGAAUCAGACCUUCUGCAUUCAAAGCAUGUGUUUAGCCACUGGCCUUUCCCAUAAUAUUAGCUGAGGAGAGGUGAAAUGAGUUUAGAAUGAUACAACAUGACCUCUGUGUCCUUUAGAUUUUCAUGAACUUCUAAAUCUUAUAUAGAAGUGAAGGAAGUGAAGGUGGGGUUAAGGAUAACACUCAAAGUUGACCAAUUCCUUCAGGCUUUUCUAUCUGGUUGCUAGUUUUGCUAUAACUAUUAAAAUUGAUUUGUUUCUAAUUUUAGCUACUGCAGGAGCUGUGCACAGUGUUUAAUGUAGAUUUGCCCUGUCGUGUGAAGUCCUCCCAACUGGGAAUUAUCAGCAAUAAACAGACGCACACCAGCGCCAUUGUGAAGCCACAAUCUAGCUCCUGCUCAUAUAUAUGCCAGCACUGCCUUGUCCACCUUGGAGACAUUGGUGAGUACCAUGAACAUGGACAGUAGAAUCUGCAGGAGGAAGAUAUACAUAAGCUGUGCAGUGACAGUGAAAAAUAGAGUUUAUGUCAAGUAUUAAUAGCAAUAUGUAAUAGGAGCACCUGCCAGGUUGGAGUAAACCAAGGCUCCUAGUCCAGCACUAUGGAGAAUAAUUGUCCACAAAACCUAUUUAUUUUAGAAACGGUGGGGUGUAGCACAUUGACUAGUAGUGUAGAAUGUUCUGUUUCAGCAAUUCUUCUUGAUUUUUCAGCUCGCUACAGAAAUCAGACCAGCCAGGCUGAGUCCUACUACAGGCAUGCAGCUCAGCUUGUCCCAUCCAAUGGUGAGUUUAUGGAAUGCAGUCUGUGUGGGUGAGUUUGCCAAUUCUUGAUCAGUUGUUUGCAGCAUUAUCCCGCUGGUUCUGUGAAGCUUAGUUUCCAUCUUCAUACUCUACUUCAACACUGAACUCCAUGGAAGAAGGAUGUCCAUAUACCACAUUAAUUCUAUGGGAUUGGCAAUAGAUAAUAGAGCUAAAAUGUUCAUACCUCAUAUCAACUGGAUAUUUAUUUCAUUAUCAUUCUUUCAAUUUUUCUCUGUGUUUAAUCCAGAGGGAUCUCCAUAGUGGCUUCCAUUAAAUAGUUUAAUUGUAUUUUAUUAUCUAUUAAAACCACCUACAUAUUUCCUCCCUCUUCAGGAAAGCUCUGCCAUUCCAUUGCUUCCAAACAUGUCCAGUCCCCUGCUCAGACUCUUCCUUUCUGUUCCUCCACCCCCUAAGUGAACCCUUUCUUGAAUCAGAAAAAAACUUGCAUUGCAGCGGGAGAUGUGUCCCAUGGCACAACCUGCUAACUACAUGUCCCUUUGCUUCAGUAAGUUAUAACACGAAUGUUAGCAAGCCAGUUUUUGAAGCAAUCCUCAUUACUACAUUAGGACUGACCUGCUUAUUAUUGACCAUGGUCAAAAACUGUUACUCCAACAGUAGCUGCUGCCUAGAAUAUGGUAAAAUAAUUGGGUUGUACUUACAGAGUGAGUCCUUUACUUUAUCAUAAACUUUUCUUCCCUUUUAAAAAAAACUUUAGGUCAGCCUUACAAUCAGCUGGCUAUUUUAGCAUCCUCCAAAGGAGAUCACCUGACCACAAUUUUCUACUACUGCAGAAGCAUUGCUGUGAAGUUCCCUUUCCCAGCUGCCUCUACUAACCUACAAAAAGCACUUUCUAAAGCACUGGAAAGGUAAGGCUAAUAUUUUCUAGGUAGUGAGAUAUCAUUUAUAAGCUUCAGGCUAUUGCUACAAUAUAAAUCUUUUCUCCAAGAUGCUGCAAUACUUAUAUAUGUGUCUUUUAUAAGUAGUUCUCAAAGAACAUCAAGUUACAAGUAAGUAAUUUCUUUUCCUCUGUGCCUUCUACAGGUUAAUAGUAGCAACAAAACAUUUAUUCUGCCCCUGUGAUUGUAAAUUUGAUAUGACAGUGCCAUUGAAUUUUCACACAAUUUAGUUACACACAGGGCAAGGUUUUGAUGUGUCAGUAUACUUACGUUUUUGCAAAAUGGGCUACAGGUAUUUGCCUGAACACACAGUGGUUAAAAAUAGAGUUGCAGGAGUGCAUACAAGCUCUGCCGCCAGUGCCCCCACCCCAGACUCCUCUCAGAGUUCUUUAUCAUGUGACUGAAACCACCUUGGUUGUGCUGGCCAGUGAUCUCCCAUGGGCUAGGGACAGAGGUGAAAGCUGUUCCCUGGUUCUGGAUUUCUCAACAGCUUUUGAUACCAACAUAGACCUCCUAAAAAACCUCAACAACUUUGACUCCCUAAAAAAAAAACACUCAGCCACUUUGGUAGAUCACUGCCAGUUUUUUAAUAGUGGGAGUAGAUCUCAGUCUCUUGAAAGUUGGACAUGUCUGAUCUAUAUGAAGCCGCUGGAGAGAUAAUCAGGGAGUUUGGGCUGGGUGCUCACCAGUACGCAGAUGAAUCCCAGCUGGACCUCUCGUUUAAAUUGGAACCAGUGAAGGUUAAGAACAUCCUUUGUGAGUGUCUGGAGGUGGUUGGAGGAUGGAUAGUGGAUAGUGGUUAACUGAUUGAGGUUGAAUCCCGACAAGACAGAAGUACUGUUUCCAGGGGUCAGGUGUGGAGGACUCCCCGGUCCUGAAUGGGGGUCACUGUGUCCUUGAAGGACCAGGUCCAUAGCCUGGGGGUCAUUUUGGACUUGCAGCUGUCCUUGGAGUUGCAGGUUAAUUUUGUGUCUAGGGUGGCUGUCUACCAGCUCCAUCUGGUACGCCAGCUGAGACCCUGCUUGCCUGUGCUUUGUCUCUCCAGAGUGGUAUAUGCUCUGGUUAUCUCCUGCUUGGACUACUGCAGGGCUCUCUGUGUGGGGCUACCUUUGAAGGUGACUCAGAAACUACAACUAAUCCAGAAUGUGCCAGCUGGACUGGUGACUGGGAGCUUGCUUUUCACCUUCCUAACUCCAUUGCUGAAGCCACUUCCCUAUUUUAUUCUGCAGCAACCACUUUCUCCCCCGUGUCCACCCUUCCUCCCCUUUCUUUCUCCCCCAUACACAAUGCAACCACUAAGCACCAUUUUCACCUUCCACCAAGUUAUGAAGCCACCACCCCAUCCUGUUCUUCAGGCCCUUUCAUGCCCCUGCUUUCAUCUUCAGCCCCAUGCCCAUUCCCCCUACUCAUUUUUUUCAAGCCCCCUUUGUACCCUCUUACAUUUUCCCUCCACACUCCUUUUUUCAAGUCUUCCUUACAGAGAUCACCCCAUUUUUUUGUCUUCUCCCUCAUAUUGUGCUGUCCCCCCCCCCCGUGUGCGCGCACACACACCAUAAUCACUUUCACCCUCUUCUAUUUCUUCCUCCUUUCUUAACUGUCCCUGGCACCCCCAUUUCCAUACUUCUUCCUGUUCCCUUCUGUGCAGCCUCCUUCAUGCAUGCACACAAUACUGGCAUAUGUCACUGUAUCCUUAAGAUUAAUAGAAUAUUAGCUUGUUCAUUUAGAGAAGGUUAAGUGCAGCUGAUGUUGGCAUUCAUCUGUCUUGAGGGACAAUGGAGUGCACUUCCAGGGGUGAAGUCAAACUGCUGUAGAAUCACAGCGUCUUUUGUAGCUGCGGAGACCAGUAACUUGCAGAGACCAGAGCCAGUGUGGUGUAGUGGUUAAGAGCGAUAGACUCGCAAUCUGGGGAACCGGGUUCGCGUCUCCGCUCCUCCACAUGCAGUUCGUGUCUCCGCUCCUCCACAUGCAGCUGCUGGGUGACCUUGGGCCAGUCACACUUCUCUGAAGUCUCUCAGCCCCACUCACCUCACAGAGUGUUUGUUGUGGGGGAGGAAGGGAAAGGAGAAUGUGAGCCACUUUAAGACGCCUUCGGGUAGUGAUAAAGCGGGAUAUCAAAUCCAAACUCUUCUUCUUCCUCCUCUUCUUGUAACUGCUUGCUCCCACAUUGUUUUUGGUGUGUUAGCAGCACCAAAGUGACCUCUUUGGGGCACAAGCUAUAUCUUCUAAAUUACUUCAUUGAGUCUGAAACUUCAUGUAUGAAGACAACACAUGAUACCAGGAGUGAAAAAUGUGUGGGAAGGUACUAUGGAAUAUUUGGGUGGGUGGGUAUAUCCUCACAGCUCCUUCAUUCCCCUCCCAUAUUCUCAGGGUCUUGCUUUAUCCAAACCUCUGCUGCCAUUUUAAAACCUGCCUUAUCUUUUGCUUCCCCUCCACUACCCUGCCUUCAUGCAAAUCCAGGAUUGUGAUGUAACACUCCAAAUCCUCCAAAGGGGAUGGCACAACGACAGCUUUAUAUUUUUAUGUCUAUAGGAAGAUUGGUAAAUGCAAAAACUUGUCUAUAUGAAUAUAUCUCCACCUACUUACUUGCAUUUCCAAGUGGUGUACAUAAAAACAAUCCACAGAAAAUGGAACAAACAACAACAAUUUUAUUAUUUAUACCCUGCCCAUCUGGCUGGGUUUCCCCAGCCACACUGGGCAGAUUACAGUAAACCAAAUGCUACCUUGAAAUGCCUGCUGGAGUGGUUAUUCCCAACAGUGAAGUGUUUUCUGCUGGAUGGAGGCAACUUUUAUUAUUACUGCUUCUGGAUUGUUGUCUGGAGAACACAACAUGCCCUCAGGUUACACAGAGUGGCUGUCUGUGGUCUACACAAAUGAUUGAAUUCUUUUAAUUUGAGAGUUUCUAAAUGUUAAUACUGCUUUUUAUCUUCAGUGCAGUUGUCUUGGGAAAAACUAUCAAUCACAGCUACAGCCUCUCCUGUUUCAAAGACGCCAACUUUCUUAAAAGAGGGUGCUAGUCAGCAGUAUGCAUUUGUUUUUGUGCCAGGGUUAGCUUUACAAAGACUAAAAUACGUGUGUUUUUUAUCUCCUUAAUUGCAGUCGUGAUGAGGUGAAGACUCAAUGGGGAGUGUCUGAUUUCAUUAAGGCAUUUAUAAAAUUCCAUGGCCAUGUGUAUCUGAGUAAGAACUUGGAGAAAUUGAACCCUCUCCGUGAGAAAUUAGAGGAGCAGUUCAAGGUUGGUUUCACAAGAUGUGCCCUGCUUUUCAUGCUGAAUCAUAGAACUAUACAGUUGGCAGGAACCACGAGGGUCAUCAAGCCCAGCCCCCUGCAAUGCAGGAAUCUUUUGCCCAAGGUGGGGCUUGAACCGACAACCCAGAGCUUAAGAGUCUCAUGCUCCACCAACUGAGCUAUCCAGCAGCUCGUGUGGGGAUGGGUACUUUGUUCCCUUGCUCUGAAGGAACACAGGUGCUCCUUUUAUUUAUCGCCCACCCCAUGCUUCUUAAAAAUCUGGUAAGAAUGCAUUGAUCCAUGUUCUUUUGUGACUGAAAUAAGAUUAAUAAGGGCUUGAACCAUGAGCCUUGUGGAGUGUCCCACUUAUGGACUCUGCCAACAGACAUCUAUCAGUAGUAAGAAAUCGUAAGUGAAAGACUAAUUCUUUCUUGUAUUUUUCCCCUCCCAUUGGCUGAUUGAACUGAAAUUGUACUCCUCUUCCUGAUUUUGGGUCUGGCCUACUGGUUCUUUCUUCUUAGCUUUUUAUUAGUGUUAAAAGUGCUUAGGGUUCUGUUUUGUUGUGGUAGUGCACGUUGCCUUGAAUACAGGUUUCUUGUAGAAAGACUAUUAUUAAACUUCAAUAGCAAUAAUUAUAAAUAUCAAGCACACAAGCCCAAAGGAAAAAAUGCUUUUGUAUUCAAAAUUGAAGUGCAUGCAGGAGUACUAGGUCACACAUUGAGACUUUGUGGUAAGGUUUAUGAUGGUUGCCCCUAUGCAGCUUGGAAGGCGAGUGAAGUACAGAUUGAAUAGGAUAACAAAAUGCCAUUUCCACAUGUUGAAUUCAUGGCCUAAGUGCAUUAAUGCGGCAGCAGUGCUUUGUCCAGCCUGGGCUAGAUACUAGGAAAAGCACUGCAAUUCUGCCGUACUUGCACACAGGAGAACAGUCUGCAUAAGUGUGACAAUUACAGCAGUGAUUAUUCCAGCUGGAAUUUGAAGUCCUAGCCAGAAAGUGCACCGUGGCAAUUAGUCUGGCUUGCUAUCUCAUGCGUGCACCUCUGUUCUCCAGACCCCAGGCAAAGCUGUUAAAUAUGGAGCAAAGAGUUGAGCUAGAUGAGCCUGACAUUUCCGCAUGUCCAGACCAGGGACAGAACAUCUUUGGCCCUUAGGUGUUGUUGGACUCCUAUCAGCCUGCAGAGCGAGUAGUCAUGAAUGAUGGGAGUAGGACCUAUAGUCCAGGAGUAGCCAAUGUGGUCUUGGAGUGGUAAAGGUUCCCUCAUCCCUAGUAUCAUCUGUCAGCAGGAGAAAGUGGAUUGCCACUUUCUCCAUAAGUGUGAAACAUCGGAAACUAGCAACAUGCCCAUUGUUGCAACUGUUAAAGGUGUGAAUGGAAGGGAGAGUCAUACAUUGCAAGGAAUUAGGGAGCCAGGGAAUAAAAUAAUUCCCUGCACUGCUCAGAUAUAUAUUGCAUCCACCUGUGUUGAUUCCUGUCUGAAGACCACCCAGAGGUAGGCACCAGGCAGCAGGUUUCGCCCUUUUUGCACAAUGCUCCUCCCAUAAAAGCAUGUGGCAGCCAUGGACUUCUGUGAGAAAAAGCAAAGAGGUGCCUCAAAAGACACCCUUAGGGCAAGGCUACACCUAUAGUCAGUGUCCUUACUCACCAGCAGUCAAGCCUGUUCUUAUAUGCAUUGUCCCAUUCUGAGGUGUAUGUUCUUCCUUUUUUGUUACAGAGGCUGCUGUUCCAAAAAACCUUUAAUUCUCAGCAGUUAGUCCACAUUACCGUCAUCAACCUGUUUCAGUUGCAUCACUUACGAGACUUUAGCAAUGAGACUGAGCAGCACAGUUACAGUCAGGAUGAACAGCUCUGCUGGACACAGUUGCUGGCUCUAUUCAGUAAGUACUAAAGCUGACAGAUCUUGGAGCAAAACCUAUCCUGUUGUGCUGCAAGGCUGUAAGGAUGAUUGUUACAUAGUCAAGUCUGCUGGAAACUAGAUAUGAGAUUAAUUAGUUCACUUGUUGACUACUAGUCAAUUUCUCUUGAGCCACACAAGGAGGAGGAGGAGAUGCUGCGCUUGCAAGAUAACUGUCCAGCCAGGUGAUUCAAAUAGUUACUGUUUUAUGGGACAGGAUGGGAAAUAGUAAAUUAGAAGCAUCCUGUUGCUCCUAGUGAUGUUAACUGUUUCUGAGCUGCUUCUGUGGUGGCUGGAAUAGCAUCAACAACUCUUAAUACCUCCCCCACCUCCUUAGCCUGUUAGGAAGAGAAGUAGGGUGAUCACACAACCUGAAGUCUGCCCAUUCCUGCCCUAGCUUAGUGGGGAUCCUGAAUGAAACAGUAUCGGAACACCCAUCAGCUGUCCAUAGCUCUCUUACUAUCGGAGAACGCUUUAAAUGUAUUCAUGUCCAAAUCAAUGUGUUAUACUCUAACUGUGUGCCCAUGAAAUCAGCUUGUAGACUCAAGUUCUUCCCAGGUGCCACAUAUACUGGGUUGCACAUGUAUAACUCUACGACACAGCGGCAAUAGCUGCUGUCCAGCUUUUGAUAAAUUAAAGUUUGGUUUGUAACAUUAUUAUUAUUAGUUAUUUGUACAGUGGUACCUCGGGUUACAUACACUUCAGGCUACAUACAUGUCAGGUUACAGACUCCGCUAACCCAGAAAUAGUACCUUGGGUUAAGAACUUUACUUCAGGAUGAGAACAGAAAUCGUGCUCCAGCGGCGCGGCAGUAGCAGGAGGCCCCAUUAGCUAAUGUGGUGCUUCAGGUUAAGAACAGUUUCAGGUUAAGAACGGACCUCUGGAAUGAAUUAAGUACUUAACCCGAGGUACCACUGUAUACUGUACUUCAUCUGUACAUCUCAAGGGUGCACAGCAUACAAAUAUAAGAUGCAAGAUAAAAACAAAAAAUACAUAAUAAAAACAAUAACCCCUCCCCCUUUAACCUGUAUGGUGUACUUGGUAAAAAGUAAAUUGAAACCACAUUGUACAGUGGUACCUCGGGUUAAGAACUUAAUUCAUUCUGGAGGUCCGUUCUUAACCUGAGGUACCACUUUAGCUAAUCAGGCCUCCCGCUGCCACCACACAAUUUCUGUUCCCAUCAUGAAGCAAAGUUCAUACCCUGAGGUACUAUUUCUGGGUUAGUGGAGUCUGUAACCUGAAGCGUCUGUAACCCGAGGUACCACUGUAUGGUAUUAACUAGUGAUUGAAAGGACUGUAACCCACUAAAUGCUAUAUGUCUGAAACAUUUCUGCAGUCAUCUUUGCCUUCUGUUGAUGAGGACCUAAUUUUUUGCUAUCUGCUGCCUGCAUAUUGUCUUUUUAAAGUGUUUUUCACAGGGAAACCUAAUCCAACUCUGCCCCUUGAGAACUGGGGUUGGAUAAAGUAGCAAAGUGAGGUAGCAUACCCAAAUGUAUAAUGCUUGCUGAUCAUCAUGAGAGCAUAUAUCUUUUCUUCCAGUGUCUUUUCUUGGAAUCCUGUGCAAGUGUCCUCUCCAGAAUGAUUACCAAGAAGAGUCUUGGGGUUCCUAUCCCCUUCCUGCACUUAAAGUCUCAAUGGACUGGCUGAAACUUAGACCCAGCGUAUUUCAGGAAGCUGUGGUUGAUGAAAGACAAUAGUGAGUCUUGUGUUUUCAUGGGUGUCCCCCCCCCCCCCCGUUUGUCAUUUGGAUGAAAUGGUGUACCAAUGAAGAAUUUGUGAUAGAAGUUGGACAUUUGAAUAGGUGCUAGUAUAGCAAACUGACAUGAGUUUUGAACUGGAAGUCCCUGGUACAUAUCUUGUCUCUGCUAUGAACAUUCUCCGGUGGUCCUAGGCAAGCCACCACAUUUUACUUGCAACCCUGUAUCUGCAAUAUCUGCAAAACAUUUCAGGGUGGUGGUAAGGAUUACUGAGCCAAUGAAUACACAGGUUUAUAGUAGAAACUUAUUUCCUUUGUAGGGACGCGGGUGGCGCUGUGGGUCAAACCACAGAGCCUAGGACUUGCCGAUCAGAAGGUCGGCGGUUCGAAUCCCCAUGACGGGGUGAGCUCCCGUUGUUCAGUCCCUGCUCCUGCCAACCUAGCAGUUCAAAAGCACGUCAAAGUGCAAGUAGAUAAAUAGGUACCACUCCUGCGGGAAGGUAAAAGGCGUUUCCGUGCGCUGCUCUGGUUCGCCAGAAGCGGCUUAGUCAUGCUGGCCACAUGACCCGGAAGCUGUACGCCGGCUCUCUCGGCCAAUAAAGCGAGAUGAGCGCCGCAACCCCAGAGUCGGUCACGACUGGACCUAAUGGUCAGGGGUCCCUUUACCUUUACCUUACUUCCUCUGUAACUGCUUCCGAGUGCUAACUGGGCCUAUAACAGAAGUUGUCAGUAAGGGUGGGGAUCACUGCAACCUUCAGUUCUGUGUGAGCUAACUGCUCCCUGAAUCUUACCUGCUUUUCAGAAGCAUCCCCACCCAUGGUCUCCAGCGUCAUACCCAUUUGCUAGCAAUGUGUUUUGGACCCAGCAGCACAGAUAAAUUUAUCCUGUUCCAGCAGGAUAAAUAACCCAGUCAGUUCCAGAAGCAGGAUACAUUCUUCCACUUGCUUCCAAGGUUCUUCAAUACUCACUGUUUUUCUAUACCUCUCUCCUAAAAUAUGCUAUUUAUUCUAGGCAGCCACUACAGUGAUUACUUGCCUGAGUGAUACUGUGAGUUUGACCUAGGCUGGGAAAGUAGUUUUCUAAAGUGUUUUCCUGAGUCAGAAUUUCCAGCCACCAAUGUGGCACUUGCUCUCCCUGAAUGGAGAUGGUGGCUAUCAUAUGUGUGCAGUAGUAGUUGUUUGACUUAUAUGCCACCUUCGUUCCAUGAUGGCAUUCAGUUUGGUUUAAAUAGUGUUUCCCAGCAAUCUCCCAUCCUGGUGCUAAGCAGACCUGCUUAGCUUCAACAGGUUGGGACACUGUUAUGCCUUCAUUUUAAAUGUUUACAGCUUAUUCUCUGACAAGUAUGUAAAGCCUACAUCACGUUAGACCUACCCAGAGUGUGUGUUUGUUUGGUUUCCACACCUGUGUUGAAUAUUUUCACAUUAAAUGUAACCUUGGGCUGAGGCCUAUUCACAUAAGGUCCUGUAUUCUUAGGCUUAAAGCAUGCAGUUGUUAGGAUGUUGUUGGCAUCUGUCUGUCUCGAGAGAGAGAAUGGAGUGCGCCUCUGGGGGUGAAGUCAAACUGUUGUGUUGACAGCACUGAAGAGACCUCCCCAGGGAGCAAGCCUGACCCGUGUGUAUGGAGCCCUGGGCUGCCCAGACAACAAGAUCCCCCUCUCAGCCUCACAAGAAACGGAAACAUCCAACUGUCUUAGCGACUCCACUCUGGAUAGCCUGAAGAUACCUCACAAGGCAGGAUAGUUUUAGGAUCAGUGUGUUCCAUCUCCUAGAGGGGCUACCUUCCCAGGAUGAUGAGCCCCAACUGCCCCUUGUUAGGGUCCAUAAAUAUGGAAAACAACUGCCCUUGUACGUAGCUCCAAUGGCAAUGUUAUACGCUUAUCUGUGAGUGCAUGCCCAAUAAUUAAGGUGGGCAGUUGUGAUGCUUCCCCACUGUAAUCAACUCUAAAUAUCUAGAGGCACAUCCACAGUGCCUUGUGCCAGUGUGGGAGACUUCCUGUACUUGAUAUAUGUGCUAUAAUAAUCAUCCCCUGGUCCAGAAGUUGUUGGCAAUUGUGUAGUCUUUUUGAGGAUAUUCUGGCUGGCUGUACUCAUUCAAGGAGAUGCUUAUUAAAUAGAUACAGCUGGGGGUGGGGGUGGGGGCGGCGGGGCAGCAAUUUGCUAAAGACUGGGUGAUAGCACCUUAAUCAACACUUCUUAUUCCACUAUAUGGUUCUGAAACCUGACCUGAAGAGCAUGCAUCACUGUAGGUGACAUCUUGUGGUGCACCACACUUUACGUUCUAUAUAAAGCACAAAUUACAUACUUUGUUUACACUCUGGAUGUUUCCUAAUAAGCUGGCUUCCUCAAUUACAGCAAUUACGUUUGAUUUGUUUUACUCUGAGUGUGUGUGUUUCAGCACUGGUGGUAGUACUUAAUAUGUACAGAUGGAAGUUUAAAGGGAAAUGUUGAUGGCUAGAUUAUAAUGUGUUGCAGAAGUGUAUGUAGCCUUACUCAGUAGGGGACGUUCACUGUGACUCUUGAAGGUUGUGAGAAAAGCAGGUAAAGUAGAUACAAAAGUAUAAAGGGAGAGGAUAGAAAAUAAAACCAGAGUUUCUGCGCCUGGUUGCAAGCUUAUUGUCAUGCUACUUCUGCUUCAGAAGUGUUAGUGGAAGCUGUAGUGCGCGUCUCUCCACUGCUUCCCAAGACUAUCCAUGCUAAUGCUAACAGCUGAACCUACAGUUACUCCUAAAGUAACCCUCCCCCCUUUUUUGUAAAUAUGCAUAAUUUUGAAUCAUCUAGCCUGCCGUAUUGCAAAAUUUAGCAUAGAAUUGGAUUUGUGCAGAAACAUAAUCCUGAAGCUAUAGCAUUUUAGACUGUAUGACGGGGAGAUAAGAGAGGCAUGGCCCUUGCUUUCCACAUUCUGACUGGCUGUUAAUGCUCAUUUAAACAGUAAAGGUAAAGGGACCCCUGACUAUUAGGUCCAGUCGUGACCAACUCUGGGGUUGCGGCACUCAUCUCGCUUUAUUGGCCGAGGGAGCCAGCGUCCAGCUUCCGGUUCAUAUGGCCAGCAUGACUAAGCCGCUUCUGGCGAACCAGAGCAGCGCACGGAAACGCCGUUUACCUUCCCGCCAGAGCGGUACCUAUUUAUCUACUGGCACUGCAUGCUUUUAAACUGCUAGGUUGGCAGAAGCUGGGACCGAGCAACGGGAGCUCACCCCAUCGCGGGGAUUUGAACCGCUGUCCUUCUGAUCGGCAAGUCCUAGGCUCUGUAGUUUAACCCACAGUGCCCCCCGCGUCCCAUUUAAACACUACUUAAAGGCAAUUUCUGACAAACUUUUGAUUAUUUUCUUUUCAAGUGCCCUCUGAACUGUUGUAGAAUUUCAGUCCUUCUCUGGAGGAUAUUUGGUGAAAUGGCCUCCCCAAUUUUGCCAUGUUUAAAAUUUGGAUGCCACUGUGCAUCCAGUUGUAAUAUUUUAAUGUCAUUGAAGGAAGCAGUGGGAUUGGCGCCUCCUCCUUCCAGCCCUCUGCUCCUAGCCCAUCGCUUCCUUCAUCCACCAGUACAAACAGUAGAGUUUCAUACAUUAAUUAACCUGAAAACUCUGAGUUUUCUGAGAACAACUGUUUUAGAAUUUUCCAUGUGUGCACACAAGUAUUGGAUGCCCUACCCCACUGCCAUUUCCACUAGUGCCCACAUACAGUGUGGAGAAUUCUGGAAGGCCUUAUCAUUCAGCUUCACUCUUCAUCCCGCUCUGAGGGUGCAGUAUGCUUUGUAAACAUGAGGUUAGGGACAUGCUUUGCAAAGUUAAAGAUAAAGAUAAAAUAACAAGAUUAAAAGAGACAACCAACAACAUAGCCAUUCCAAAUCAGCAUUAUAAAGCAAUGAUCAAGCUAUAACAAUCAAGAAUUUUAAAAGCUUGAUAUCAAAAUGCCAUCAACACAGGUGCCAGGGCUACAUAGUUAAAAUAUUUAGGUGUAUACCUUAAAAUGUAGAAUGUGAAUGCAGUGCAUGUUUGUAGAUACAUACAUCAUACAGUUGUCGGGGAGCAAUGGCAAGCAGAGGUAUGUGUCUGCAUAAUUUGUGACAUGACUAACUAUACAUUACCAGUCAUAUUCUUAAAUGAAACAAAAACAAACUCAAUUGGGUUGAUGCUGUCCACAUCUUGCUUCCAACAGGAUCUUCAUUAAACCUGGCUUUUGAAACAACUUUCAGUACUUUUUGACUGUGUAACUUGCAAGUAAACAAAGCUAUAAACCUUCCAAAGUCAAAUUGAUAUUCUGCAAAAGAGAGUCACAAAGCCUUCCCAUUAACAAGAUGCUACAUUAUGUACAACCAUGAGGUCUGGCAGCAAUUACAUUUCAUUCAGCCCUGUAAAACAGAAUUCUUCCACUUGACGCCUGCAUGUAACAAUCUUUGGUUGUUUUUGUUCAAGGGUUCCAUGUGGUUUCCAGUGUUUGGGCAUUCCAUAAAAUUCUACUAGUGUGUUAAUGUUUAGGGCAAAUAGUGAGCUGGCACAAUCCAGAAAAGGAAAUUUGCAAAGGCUGUUCUUAGUAAGAGGAGAUGUAAUAUGUAACAACAAGGGCACUGUGGGUAUUGCAGAUAAAAUAUGGAUUUGGAGAAGACCUGAUAGACCGGAAGUGGAGGUAGCAGAGGCUGUUCAGGCACAGAGGGAAGUGUAUCAAAGGAAGGAGUGGGAGAGCUGUGAAAGCAACCAUUGGCAUAUUGCACAAAUUUAAAAUUGCUCUUCUUGCCUUGCAGUAUUUGGCCUUGGCUGAUUUCCCUGCUAAAUAGUUUUCAGCCUCACGAAGAAGACCUCUCCUGCCCUAAUGGUAAGGUAUUCAGGUUUAAAUUACUGUGUUGGUAAAUAAGACCAAGAACAGUCUCCCUAGGGAGGUUGUGAACUCCCUUUCCUUGGAGGUUUUUAAGCAGAGGUUGGAUGGCCAUCUGUCAUGGAUGCUGUAGCUGGGAUUCCUACAUUGCAGGGGUUGGAAAUAGAUGAUCCUUGAGGCACCUUCCAACUCUACAAUUAUUUGAUUCUGUCUUAUUUGUCCAUAGCUUGAUGAUUGCAGCCUGAUGUACGCUGCUUAGACAACUGUGGUUGAUCAGUGUGCAAAUAAUUGAAAUAAAUGUUGAAAUAAAUUAUCAGCUUGUGGUAAUGCAGGGGUAGGUUUAUUCACUGAUAGCACUGGUGCUAUAGAAUCUGUAUUGACAUUCUACAGUCUUUUGAAGAUUCCUCUGAUUACACACACAAUUUUCUUUUAAAAAUAAUAAUAAUAAUUGAUUAGAGUAAAAACAGCACCUUAGGUAGUACGUUCAUUUUAAUGGUUGAGAUUCUGCCCAACAGUGAAAGCUUCAUCCAACCCCAAAUCUCCAAUUCUUUCUUGAUCUCUUUCCAUAGUUUAAUAUAAUUAUCUUGAAAUAAAUUGAGUUACCUCACUGUCAGCCAAAUCCCCAUAUAUUUUACUUUUUAACCUAUUUUUAGGCGUAUCUUUUCUAGGGUCUUUUUUGACUGCUCAUCCAUGCUUUUAACCAACAUUUUUGUUUUAUCUGUAUAUAUUUUGAAACCCGUGCAGAUUGAUCAGUAUUGUUUUUGUUUAGUUGUGUCCUACUCUUCGUGACCCCAUGGACCAGAGCACGCCAGGCACUCUGUCUUCCACUGCCUCCUGCAGUUUGGUCAAACUCAUGCUGGUAGCUUCGAGAACACUAUCCAACCAUCUCGUCCUCUGUCGUCCCCUUCUCCUUGUGCCCUCCAUCUUUCCCAACAUCAGGGUCUUUUCCAGGGAGUCUUCUCUUCUCCUGAGGUGGCCAAAGUCUUGGAGCCUCAGCUUCAGGAUCUGUCCUUCCAGUGAGCACUCAGGGCUGAUUUCCUUCAGAAUGGAGCGGUUUGAUCUUCUUGCAGUCCAUGGGACUCUCAAGAGUCUCCUCCAGCACCAUAAUUCAAAGGCAUCAAUUCUUCGGCCAUCAGCCUUCUUUAUGGUCCAGCUUUCACUUCCAUACAUCACUACUCAGAAAACCAUAGCUUUAACUAUAUGGACCUUUGUCAGCAAGGAGAUGUCUCUGCUUUUUAAGAUGCUGUCUAGGUUUGUCAUCGCUUUUCUCCCCAAGAAGCAGGUGUCUCUUAAUUUCAUGACUGCUGUCACCAUCUGCAGUGAUCAUGGAGCCCAGGAAAGUAAAAUCUCUCACUGCCUCCAUUUCUUCCCCUUCUAUUUGCCAGGAGGUGAUGGGACCAGUGCCCAUGAUCUUAGUUUUUUUGAUGUUGAGCUUCAGACCAUAUUUUGCUGUCUCUUUUUUUAACCUUAUUAAGAGGUUCUUUAAUUCCUCCUCAGUUUCUGCUAUCAAAGUUGUGUCAUCUGCAUAUCAGAGGUUGUUGAUAUUUCUGUUGGGAUACUGCCAGGGAAAUGGGGGCAUCAGGCAGGCCCCCAGCUGGCUCCAGCCCUGGCUAGCAGCCGGGCAAUCUCCAGUACAGCAUCAAUUAGCGACACGUGCCUCAGAUACGUUUAGAGACUCGGCAUGCUCUUAUCAGCAGAAUGACUAAAUCUUCUCACAGUGGAAGAGGCAGACAGAGUCAUGUGUAAGCAUUAUUUACAGGCGUUUAUUCAGCAUAGUUCAGAAACAAAGGAAAAACAUGUCUGCUUCCCUUCGUGUCCAAGCACAACAGCAGCAACACAAAAGCAAUAUACAAAUGGAAGUUCCCAGCAAGCCUGUGCUGGAAGUAAACAGGCAUGUGACACACAACAGUCAUGCCUGUUCCCUUUUAAGGUGGAACAGAACUAUAUGCUAACAGUUUCUUCCGGCAAUCUUAAUUCCGGUUUGUGAUUCAUCCAAUCCAGUCUUUCGCAUGAUGAAUUCUGCAUAAAGGUUAAAUAAGCAGGGAGACAAUAUACAGCCUUGUCGUACUCCUUUCCCAAUUUUGAACCAAUCAUUUGUUCCAUAUCCAGUUCUAACUGUAGCUUCUUGUCCCACAUAGAGAUUUCUCAGGAGACAGAUGAGGUGAUCAGGCACUCCCAUUUCUUUAAGAACUUGCCAUAGUUUGCUGUGGUUGACACAGUCAAAGGCUUUUGCAUAGUCAAUGAAGCAGAAGUAGAUGUUUUUCUGGAACUCUCUAGCUUUCUCUGUAAUCCAGUGCAUGUUUGUAAUUUGGUCUCUGGUUCCUCUGCCCCUUCAAAAUCCAGCUUGCACUUCUGGGAGUUCUCGGUCCACAUACUGCUUAAGCCUGCCUUGUAGAAUUUUAAGCAUAACCUUGCUAGCGUGUGAAAUGAGUGCAAUUGUGCGGUAGUUGGAGCAUUCUUUGGCACUGCCCUUCUUUGGGAUUGGAAUGUGCACUGAUCUUCUCCAAUCCUCUGGCCACUGCUGAGUUUUCCAAACUUGCUGGCAUAUUGAGUGUAGCCCCUUAACAGCACCAUCUUUUAAAAUUUUAAAUAGUUCAGCUGGGAUGUCAUCACUUCCACUGGCCUUGUUAUUUGCAGUGCUUUGUAAGGCCCAUUUGACUUCACUCAAGGUCUGGCUCAAGGACAGCAACCACACUACCUGGGGUGUAUGAGACAUCCAUAUCUUUCUGGUAUAAUUCCUCUGUGUAUUCUUGCCACCUCUUCUUGAUGUCUUCUGCUUCUGUUAGGUCCUUACCACUUUUGUUCUUUAUUAUGGUAAUCUUUGCACAAAAUGUUCCUUUCAUAUCUCUAAUUUUCUUGAACAGAUCUCUGGUUUUUCCCAUUUUAUUGUUUUUCUCUAUUUCUUUGCAUUGAUCGGUAUAAAUUGCUUUAAUUCCUGCUGAGAAAUUAUUACCUAUCUCCAUCGUCUCUAACACUUUGAUCAUAAAUGACCAAGAUAUAUUAUCAAAAGCUUUCUCAGCAUCCAAGAAAAGUAAAGCUGCUUGUUUUUCAUUUUUUACUUCCGGGUACUCAAUUAAAUUAAUUACAUUUCUUAUGUUGUCUUUCCUUUGUCAACCUGGUAGAAAACCUUCUUGGUCGCUAUAGACUGACUCACUUAAAACUUUUUUCAACCUGUUGGCUAAAAUUGCAGCAAAUAAACAAUUUUCUUGACUUAACUCUCUUACUUGUUGUAUUGCUUUAACAUUUCUGUUAUAGUGUGUAUAUUAGCAAUGUUAACGGCUUUGUGUAUCUUUAUUUUUAUUCUUUUGUAAACUGCUUUUGGAAGCCUAUUCCAGCAUUAAAUAGUAUAUAAAUUAAUAACUAAUAACCACAUUCAUCUUAUACUAAACUUUAACUGAGGCCAAAAUAUGAGGGUACAAUCCUAGCAAAGUUUAGCAUUUUUAUAUAUUCCAUUUAUCUGAGAAUGCAUUGUAAAGGGUUGCACUCAGUGUUUCUAUGAUUCUGUGAUUCUCUUCAAUAGAAAUUCAUGAGACUUGAAAGUGCUUGACUUUCACUGUGUUGGAUCCUAAUUUAAUAGGGGCUCAGACCUGGUGAGGAAUGCAGUCCUGUAUAGUUAUUCUUCUUUUUGCUCUGAUUGUUCACUAGCCACCCCUCUCCCAGAAGAGUUUGAGCUGCAGGGAUUCUUAGCUUUGAGACCCUCUUUCAGGUGAGUCACUGCUGGAGGUUGCAACUUUUUGUUUGUGACGGGUUACAUUGAUAAUCUUGCUGUUUGGAAGCAAAUGUGAGAAAAGGAGGAGAAUUUAGGCAGUGUGAUUCCAUUUGUCAUAGAAAGAUACCUCUCUUCCAGCCCAACAGAGACUUUGGUUUGGCAAUGCAGUUCCCACAGUCACUUCAGUAGCUGCAGGUCUCCCCUGCAUGAGUGUUUGUGGGGAAGGGGGGGAGGCUCGGUUAAUUUCAUUGUACACAGGUUGUACAUUGACAAUAAAGGCAUUAUCAUCAUUAGUCUAGGAGAGUCACUAUAAUAGCUUGAGAUAUCCAAGUGUGCAUUAAAAUGCAUGCAUGACAGCUUUUUAUUUUGGAUUAUAUCUUAGGAAAAAUUCCCAAAUCCAGUCUCGUGUAUUUUCAUGUUUUGAUAUUUAUUGUUAGCAUGGAGAAGACAUGGAGGACAGGAACAAGGAUAAGACACUGGAACUUUGAUGUGACAAGAGUCUGAAAGUUAACUGAAAAGUGGGGAUUAACAAUUGGUGGCCUUUGGGGCAAAUCUGGCCCUCUCUGUUGCUAGCUCAGACGUUGGGGGCUUUCAGACACUUCUUUGCCCUCAGAGUUUUCUAAGGGCAGGUUAGAAGCGAAUAUUGGGAUCUGCACUCUCCCUUGCUCCUGUCGUAAUAGGAGGAAGUACCAAGUGAACUUGGGGUGAUUUCUAUUCUGCAGUGCAGUACCAGGAAUAGUCUGUGUUCAAAUAAACACCAGAUUUCUCUAGUUAAUUGAGGGAUAAGAAAUACGAGGACCCAAAGUCCGCUCCUGAUCUGCCUUGUGUUACCAUCGCCCUCUGGGGGGGGGGUAACAUCUGGCCAGGCCUUUAUACUGCAAUGCUAAGCCUACCCACCUGGAAGUAAACAGAUUUAGGAAUCGGGUGUAAGAGAUCUUACCUUUUUAAGGGAAGUGAAUUGUUUUGUUUGUUUCUCUAGCGCCAUCUGUAUACAUGAUCCUUUACAAAGGACAGAUUUCACAGGCCGCUACUCCAACAGACUUGCAAUCUUAAAAGAAGAGACAAGGUUUUAUAUAUAGCUGGAGAUUUUGCCCUCUGCUGUGAAACAUAGAAACAUAUUGUGUUGAUAUUUAUCUGUGAAACACUGUCACAAACUACCUUUAAAUAGUAUUCUAACCUUCUCAGGUUGGUAUACAGACUGAAAAUAAAUCUAUCAGAAGUCUCAUUUAAGCUCCACCAACUUAGUUUGGUCUUGCAUACAUCUCCUUGUUGCCUGCCUUUCCAUUUCAAUCCGACUUCUAUUCUUUGUUUAUGGCAACAACUAGGAACUUGGAUUUCUCGAAAGGCCAUCAGGGGAUUUCAGGAGACAAAGAAGGGCAGCACCGGCGAAUACGGCAACAGCGUCUGAUCUUCACAGGCAAAUGGAUUGCUGACAACCAGCCAAGGUAUCUGCACAGCUGCUGGCAUCACCCCUCACUCUUCUGUGCAUCAUAUUCUUCUCUGCUGCUGCUUGUUACUAUUGACAUGAGUUGAACAUUAUUGGAGCUUAAAUGAAGAUGUGCGGUCUGACACUAUUUUUAACACAGUUUAAGGAAUGUGUGGCAACAUGGUAGUUACUAAGAAUGUACAUAAUUUUAAACACAUCAAUUUUUAAAGGUGUGGGCAGCUUGCUUGGCACUUAAUACAGUGCUGGAAAUCUACAUUGAAUCACUAGGGCAGAACUUAAAUUAUAUGUUUUAAUUUGAAGUCAGUAAUGUAAUCUGCAUAACUUUCAUGCACACAGAAGUGGCAGACCUGGAUUAAUGGUGCUGAAUCAGAGUGUUACUCCAUCUAGCUUGGGGUUGAUUGGUCAGAGAAUUGUAAGCUAGUUCCUCUCUGACCUAGGCUAGUUUCAUUGUUGACUUUUUGCUAUACAUUUUAAAUGCUUUUUCUCCAAGGUGAAAACUGAAGUUUUGUGCUCUGUAUUAAGUUUUUUAGACUUGAUUUAACCUCACUCAUCUUUUCUCUGUUUUGUGGAGGCUUAGGAAAAUUAAGUUUGGGGGUGGGGUGGGAACAGUGACACAGGCUUGAGCAUUAAAAUUGGAUGAGAUUCCUUGAGUCUUCAUCAAUCCCCAAAAUACUCCUGGCCACGGAAAUAAGUCCACGAAAUUAUAAUUUGUCUCCCCCAGUCGCUAAAUUUUUAUUAGCCUGUUGCAUUUGAAAGGACCUGGGAACCACAUUGAAAUAUUGUAAUGAUGGGCGUCUUCCUGUUCGUUGUCGCAGAGCAGGCCAACAAGGUUAGCAGUAACGGUGUGAGGAGUGCCUUCAUUGCUCUGUUGCAAGUUUGAAAACUGAAUUGAAGUGGUAUAGUACAGUUUUCCUAAUCACAAAUGUUGGAACUCAACCCACAUUUGAACUUGAGGUGGUAACCUGAAGGAUUUAGCCAAUAUUCCACCACCUCUCUCUGGUCAAAGGAGCCUCCUUGUAUCAAUAGGCCAAAGUGGGUGAGGUGGUCCCCCUGGCUGCUUUAAAAGCUUCUUUCUUAGGCUAACUCACUGACUAAGAGUACAAACUGCUUGCUCAUCUCUCCCUUUGUGUCACCUCAAUUCACAGAAACUGUGUCUGACAUCAGAAAGCUUGUAUGCUUGCUUUCUAUUUACCAUGUUUUUCGCCCUAUAGGACACACUUUCCCCCCUCCAAAAAUGAAGGGGAAAUGUGUGUGCGUCCUAUGGGGCGAAUGCAGGCUUCAGGAGAGCCCCACCACCAGCCCCACAAGCUCGGGGGACAACGGGGAGGCGGAACGCCGCCAUUCCGCUGUCCCCCGACCUGGUUUGGAGGCUGGCGGCGGGGAGAAGCGUGCUUCUCCCUGCCGCCAGCCCUGCAAGCUCGGGGGACAGCAGGGAGGCGCAGCGCACCAUCCCGCUGUCUCCCGACGUGGUUUGGAGGUUGGGGGCGGGCUUCCCCCAGCCCCGCAAGCUCCCAGAGCGGGCUUCGCGCAGCUCUCCGCAAGCUGUGGGAGCCCGGCGCAACUUCACACUGUCCUCCAACGGCUUGUGGAGAGCUGCUUGUUCUGGGGGCUGGGGUGGGGGAAGCUCGGACUUCCCCAGCCCCGUGCCGGGGCGGGGGGGAAUAAUUUCUUUUUCCUUUAUCCCCCCCCCCAAAUCUAGGUGCGUCCUAUGGGCCGGUGCGUCCUAAAGGGCGAAAAAUACGGUAAUUUCUAUUUAAUUUUGUGCAUGAGAUGGUUGGCUUGUACCUGAAGAUUUAAUCAGUAAUGUGUCAAUUCCUUUUGUCUUUCUGUUAAAGGCUGAUCCAAUGUGAAAAUGAGAUUGGGAAACUUCUGUUUUUGACAGAGAUCCCAGAAUUGCUGCUUGAUGACUAUAGUGAAUUGAAACAGAGUCACAUUCUGCAGGAAGCAGCAGAGCCACAGUUUGCAGACGGGAGCCCAGGACUUAAGUCAGUGCUGUCAACAGGUCGAAACCUGAGCAGCAGCUGUGAUGCAGGAGAUAAGCCAAUGGUGACGUUCAAAGAGAACAUUAAACCUCGAGAGGUAAACAGGGAGCAAGGCCGAAGCUAUCUGACUAAGGAAGUGGGUAGGGAAAGAAGGGAUUAUAGUAAAGGAAUAACAGCCAAUAAAAAUGAUGGGAAGAAGGACAACAACAACAAGAGGAAGAAUGAGAUCAAGAAAUGUGGCAUGGAAAAGAUGCAGGAAGCAGGGAAGCAGAACGUAGCGGUGCAGGUGAGACUUUUUGCAUGGUAUCAUCCCAGUGAAAUUUGUCAUGUGGUCAUUUGAAUUAGUUGGUCUUGCAAAUCUGUGCAGGCCUCUUCCUGCUAUAGCAAGAUCGAUGACCUUUAUUUGGAGAUUAAACAAGGUGAUUCACAUGUUAUACUCUCAGUGAGGAUGGAAGGAAGGCGUCCCUGAGCCAUCAUUUGGUUACCACAAUUUCAGACAACCGGACCCCCCCUCACCCUUCACCUUGCUCUUCACUUCUGCCAGGGAAAUAAUUGCUGCCCACUUACCCUUAAAACACCACCUCACAUAUUGACAGAAGGGACCAAAGGAAAUAGCUGCUUUGGUUCUUUCUGAAGUUGGCUGCUCUUGUUUCAUUUGGGAGGGGGAGCUAGUAAGUGCACUGCAGCUCUUUCCUUAACAGAAGCUGGGGAUAGAAUUAGAAUGAGUCUCUUCUACGUUGACUGUCUGUACUGGCAGUAGACACUACAGGCAUAGAGAGGCUUCUGCAAGUGUGGUCUCUCAUUAGGAGGGUAAUUUGUGAAUUGUACUAUAUUACAGUGGGAUUUUAUUUUAUUCUUACUUUAACCACUGCCAACUUCUUUCAUCAUUCAGCAUCACUGUUGAUGUUCUUUGGCAUUCAUUGACUGAUAAGGCUGAUAGACAUGAAUUCUUUUGGUAUUUGUUCUUUGGUAUAUUCUUCUCCUUCCCACACCAACAAAAGAAUAGCUUUAAUCAGUUUUCAGUUUUAGUCCUCUAUGAUGCUUUGUUAAUGCUGAAACUGUAGCUAUUGCUGUAGCUGUAGCUAUUGAAGAGUUAGUCAUCAACUGCCCUCUUAGUUUCCAAAAAUAUUUUUGACCUUUUCAACAGUAAAUUGCUUCGGCACCAGUUAUAUUUGUUUGUAUCUUUUCAUCACUUUUCUGACAAUUGAGGAAGUGUUUUAACUUCCAUAUUUAAACAGGGUUAGGUUAAGACAGUUCUUUCAGUGUCCUAGAGAAGGACAAGAGGUAGAAACUUGUCUAGUCUCAUUCUCCCUGGUUUUUUUUUAAUGACUUGGUUAUUCAAAAGAAAGCAUAUAGGAAUUAAGGCAGCUUGUAAAUGGUCUCUUGCCUGCUCACGUGAAGACUUCAUCAACUGGAAGACAAUUCCUCUUUUUUCUUUCCUUAUUGUGUACAAUAAAUUUGUGAAAUAAAAGAAUGAUUAACAGGUGAAUAAAAAAUACUGUGGGCUAAGGAGGGAAAGUAAAGUUACAUUAUAUUAAGAUAAAAUAGAGGACAAAAACUGGAAAAGAUGGAAAGGAUUUGCUGAAAUAGCUAAUUGAACUAGAAUACAAAAAAAGGAGGUGUGAGGAGGUCAAGGAAAUAAGCAAAUGAAAGAUAAGUUAUGGGAAGAUUCAUUGUAUUUUUUCUUUUUUUUCUUGUUUCUUUUUUAUUAUUGUGAUGUGAUGUUUUGUAUUUCUUAAAUAUGCUGUUUUUUAAUUUUUUCUUUUUGUAACCCUUUAAAAUUCAAUAAAUAUUAUUUUUUUUAAAAAUAAAAUACUGUGGGCUAGUAAAUUUGGGGAAUUACUUGUCAGGCUGAAACUAGAACCUCUUAAAUGUAUUUUGAGGAGUUUUUUCCUUUCAUCUCUUUUCUCAAAAGCUGGUCUGUGGUCCUUUUCGAGGGAUUUUUUUCCUUGCACCCAGAAAAAGUGGUACUGACUCACCGGCUCCUUCAAACAUUUUUACAAGAAGAAGGGAAACUCAGGUGGGUCAGUCCCUCCCUUUUUUCUGGGUGCACAGGGAGUAGCACCACUUGAAAGGGCUGAGUCAUAGGCCAACAUUUGAGGCAAGAGGUGAAAGGACCACAAUCAAAGUAUUGCCAUAAAAGGAACACUGCAACAUACCUAUGUCCUCAAGGAAAUAAUAUUCUUAGCAAGGGAGAUGUAAGCUUAGCAUUAAUCUUAAACCAUUUAGCAAUCCUUUGGUAUCUGAGUAUUUUAUUUAAUCUCUAGCUAAGAACUCUGAUGAUUCCUCCUUAAUCUUCAAAUUCUCCUGUUCAGCCACUUGAUUCUGCUAUUUAUUGGCUAAGUGGCUUAUAAAAAAGUAACAUUAAGGACUUUCCCUCAGCCUCAAUAUAACAGAUCUGUCACUUUUGAGCCUGCAGCUGAUGGUGAAAGAAAUGGAGGCAGUGAGGAUCAGACACUAACUUCAUUCUAUGGCCCGUGCCAUUUGUACUGUAGAGGCUGUGUUCAGUGCAGAGGCAGGAUCAUGCUCAACCCCAGAACCCACCUGUCCUGCGGGUGGGCCCGCCAGGCUUCCUUGUCUUAGAUCAACCUUUCUCAAACUUGAGUCCCCAGAUGAUGAGAACUACAACAUCCAUCAUCCUUUACCACUGGACCUGCUAGCCUAGGUAUGAUGGGAGUUGUAGUCCAACAAUAUCUGGGGACCCAAGUUUGAGAAAGCCCAUAUUAGAUGUAACAUUUAUAGGUAAAGGACCCCUGGAUGGUUAAGUCCAGUCGAAUUUGACUAUAGGAUGCAGUGCUCAUCUCUGCUUUCAGGCUGAGGGAGCCAGUGUUUGUCUGCAGACAGCUUUCUGGGUCAUGUGGCAAGCAUGAUUAAACCACUGUGGCACAUGGAACACUGUGACACAUGCCAAAGCACACAGAAAUGCCAUUUAUCUUACCACUGCAGUGGUACCUAUGUAUCUACUCGCAUUGGUAUGUUUUCAAACUGCUAGGUUGGCAGGAGCUGGUCCAAAGCAACAGGAGCUCACCCCGUCGCGCGGACUCAAAUUGCGACCUGCAAGCGCAAGAGGCUCUGUGGUUUAGACCACAGCACCACCCGUGUCCCUAUUGUAACAUUUAUAUGGCGCUUGCAGGCAUAAAAUCCCAACAUGCAUAAUGUACAAAAAAUUGUACCUAGCAUGUAAACAUCUGACAUGCCUAGCAGAUGUGGCAGAUGAGUGCAAUUCCCUCCUUAAGGUCAGCACUUCUACACCCACAGUAUUGUAUAAACAACCGUUCUUCAACUGGUGAGUUGAGACCCACUAGUGGAUUGUGGCCUGAUCCAAGGUGGUUCACAACAGAGACUCUACUAUCAUGCAAAUAUAUGGUAAAAAAGGAAAUGGGUCCCCAAAUGCAUCUUUGAGUCAAAAGUGAGUCCUAGGUCUGAAAAGGUUGGGGAUACCUAAGCCAAGCCUGAUAGAAGCUUACAUUCCUUGCAGAGACAUGAUGUUUCUAGUUAGAGAUUUGUUACACUUCAUUGGAAGUAGAGUAAAAAAGGGAAAAAAUCCAGUGGUUGGAUGAAUGCUGAAAAACCUUUUCUUUAAAAAAUCUUGUUAAUUGUUGGCUCACACUACCUUUGCAUUUUAAUACUCCUCUUCAUGCACAUUCAGUGGUGGUAUAUUAUUUUAUAUGGCCUCUAGCAUGCUGAAACUGCUACAAAAUACUCCUUGUCAUUUGUUUUCGGUGUACAGAAACAGUUACCGCUAAUUCUGUAAUAAAAAUGUAUUUCAAUGAGAAAUGUCCCUAUUGUGUUCAGUGGAGCUUACUCCCAAGUAAGUGAGUGUAGGGUUGCAAUCUACAGUGAUCUUUUAAAAAUCCUUGCAUAAUAGAUUUAUAUGUAAAAUGCACACGACACACAGGUCAGUUUGUGCCAGAGCAGGAAAGUAAGGGUGUUUUAGCUAUCUUUUGAAAGCUGAGCUUAUCUCCUGUUUCUCAGACAAAUAGGCUGGAGUUUACAUUCAUGGAACCCAAACUAUCUGUCAGUAGGGAGUGGAGGUGAGUUUUGUCCUUCUAGUUUCACAUGCUCUGUAGCCGUGAGCAAAACUACUGGGACAAACCCUUCCCCUAUCGUGUUCCCCUUCCCAGGAUUGGAAGGAAGCCAGGGGUUUGCUUUGACUUUGAGGCCCUCCUAGUGCCUUGGGAGUGCAGAUCUGAAGGAAGGUCCUAGUCCUCUGCAUCUCCACUGUGGAGAGAAGGGCCAGGGCUGGAUUCCCAGCAUUGCCUUGCAACCCUAGCUCUAAGCGGGAGAGGGGAGGGGGAUUGGCCUGGACCUCAUACUGAGUUUUGAAGGUGGCCACAAAUUUUGGCUUGACUAUCAGGGAAACCCAGCAAUUUUAGGUCCCUUCUGUAUAGCAAAGGGGGAACUAGAAUUACUUGGAAAGAAUCAAUGCCUUGUAAUCAUGCUUUAGUUUUACCAUAAGAAGGUGUGGACAGGUAAUAUUAAUGCUUAAAUGGCUUGCCUUCCUAGGUAAAAUCCCAGACUGAGUUGAGGAAGACUCCCGUGUCUGAAGCUAGGAAAACGCCAGUCACUCAGUCUCCCAACCAGGCCAGCAACUCCCAGUUCAUACCCAUCCAUCACCCAGGAGCUUUCCCUCCUCUUCCUAGCCGGCCAGGUAAAAGCCAUGUGCUCUGUAUUAAAAUCAUAUCUAUCCUUGUUUAAAACUCAAGAUGUUGUGUGCUGAUGCCUUCCACCUACCUUUUUCUAGGUAGGAAAAUAAAACAGAAAAGGUUUCUUUGUAAAAAUGCUCUGACUUCCUUUAACUGGAACACAAGUGGGUGUGGGCAUGAUAGAUGCCUAGCACUGUACUAUAUUGCAUGAUCUAUACCCAGGUGCAUAGUAAUGAUCUCUCUGCAAUGUCUAGAUAAUAGCACAUGUGUGUUUUCUGCCACAGGUGCACAGAGUGGAAAGCCACCUCACACAUAAUUUUCUCAAUGUGCAUACCUAUGGUGGAAAAGACAAUUCUGCUGUCACGAAAAGCUUACCUUUUUGUCACAGAUAUUAAUCUUGGUGUUUGAAAAAGUAAUGUGCAGAACAGGCAGCCCAUAAUGUGACAAAGUGUUUGCUUUGUAUGUAGUAUACAGCUUCGAAGAUGAAAGCCAUCACUGUGGGUCUGAGAGGAUGUGGCACCCCACUCCAUCCCGGAAUCCUUCCCCCAAAGGGGUUGGAACUGGAGCUGAAGGCUUGCUUGUAUACAUGCCCUUCUCUUACUGCAGAGAUGAAUGGCUUAAUAAAUGGCUGAAUCAGAUGCUGAUUUAAGAUUCCUUAAAUCUGGAAAGAGUGGGACCAGGGACCAGGGAGGAGCCAAAGGCCCAUUCACAGGGGAGAAUCCUGGAAGAGGAGACAGGAAGUAACAUUUGAAGAGCCCCCUAAGCAUUCCAUGCGUGAAAAAGUAGUUUCCUUUUUAAAAAAUAUGUCUGUUUGUAUUUCUUUCUUUUCUUUUUCCCAGGCUUCCCACCUCCCACCUAUGUUAUCCCCCCUCCUGUGGCUUUCCCUAUGGGCUCAGGAUAUACUUUCCCAGGUGGCGUUUCUGUCCCAGGAACCUUUCUUCAGUCUGCAGCUCAUUCACCUGCAGGAAACCAGGUGCAAGCUGGGAAACAAUCCCACAUUCCUUACAGCCAGCAGCGGCCCUCUGGACCAGGCCCAAUGAACCAGGGACCUCAGGCACCAUCCCCUUCUCAACAGUCCCUUGCAUCCUUACCAGCUCAGGCAACAGCACAGUCUGCAAGCCAGUUGCAGGUCCAGGCUCUGGCCCAGCAGCAGCAGCAGCAGCAGCAACAGUCCCCUACAAAAGCUGUUCAGGCCUUAGGGAAGAGUCCUCCACACCACUCCGGAUUCCAGCAGGUGAGCUUUAAGGAGAAGAAAGUGCCAGAGGGACCCAAUCUGGGCUAGAGUGCAUCUGUAGGUGCAAAUCUGGUUUUGGGUCAGGGAAGUGCAGGUUCUUUGCUCAGAUAAGAGUAGCUCUGAUGGAAAGGUGCAAGCAAGGAUGGAGAGAAGGAAUGGGCAAGCAGAUGGGGAGAGAGUACAAAUAAAGUAGGAGCCCAACUGCAUUGUGGGGACAGGGGAGCAGUGCAGGAGCCUGUGGACUUACUGUUACUACUUUGAAGGCUCCCCCUCUCUGCCCAAAAGUGCCUGAGAGAAGAACAGCUUUUAAUCCUUUUAAGUUUGACCGAAGCUUUCCCUGAAGCUCUUUUUAAAUUUGGGGUGGCUAGCCUUUUGAAUAUUAGGGUUCCUAUAGCUUUAAUAACCUUAUAGAGUUUCUAUAAGGUUAGCAACUGUAGAUCACAUGUGAGCACUUGAAAGCACUGUACUGUUGUUUUUAUCAUAUAUGAUUAUUGUUAUAUCAUUAGAAUUAUUAAUUAAAAGUAUUUACUUACUUACAUUAUUUAUCUAGUAUUAUGCCCCUUGCAUCUGGGAGGGAAUUUUGGUAGGUACAGCCCUUCAAACCGCGGAACUUUCACAUGGCCAAGUGCCUGCAUGAAAUCCUUUCCCUUUAAUAACAGGUGAAGCCUCAUGUUGGAAGGUUCACCUGUUGUGUGGGUUCUGAAACAUUUCCUUGGAUUUUCUCUCGAACAUGAGGUCUCGAAAAUGAAAGCCAUAAGCUUUGCAGCUCAGUGGCACAGAAUGUGCAGCCUUGCUCAAGUACAUUGCACAUGAUCAGGUGGUGGCAUGUUGUGCUCUCAGAUCAGGUGGUGCAGAUUAGAGAGUGUAGCAGGCCUUUUUGGACAGUGAGGAACCAAUAGUAUUUUUCUGUGCAAUGUUGCUUGCGGAAUCUACUUCAUCAAGUCAAGGGGUUCAAUCAGCUAAUCAACUCCAAAGCAGAGAAACAAAAUUGCAGGCUGUUUUUGGCAGAAAGAGAAUAUGCAGCUUGCCACGGUUGGUCUCUUGGUAGCUAGAAACCUAAAUUAGUCAGAUGCUCUCCAGUUUUGCAUAAUGAAUUGUGCUCAACACAGAGGCGCUUGUACUUCAGUAUUCCCAGGCAGACUCCUCCAAGCAGCUCUGGAAUCCUCCUCAGGUCCAAGGCCCGUUGGGGAAGAUCAUGCCUGUGAAGCAGCCCUACUAUCUUCAGGGCCAAGACCCCCUAAAACUGUUUGAACAGUCCAUGCAGCCUCCCCUCCUGCAACAGCAGCAGCCUCUGGAGAAGAAGAUGAAGCCUUUCCCCAUGGAGCCAUAUAACCAGAAUCCCUCAGAGGUUAAGGGGCCAGAAUUUUACUGGGACUCCUAUGGCAUGGCUGAUAACCGCAUCAUGAUGGCGCAGCAGCAAGCUAACAUGGACCGCAGAGGGAAACGUCAGCCAGGAGUCUUCCGCCCAGAGCAGGAUCCAGUGCCUAGGAUGAGUUUUGAGGUAAAUGUGUGAUUAAUUGAUGAUCUUCAGGAAAAGGAAAGUGGUUCUCCUUUGAGUGAUAGAUGUCUCCAAGUGGGUUUAGCUCCUCCUAUCACUCAAAGGCAAGAAACACUGUAACUUCAGAGGAAGUUGCUUUCAGUGCAGCAGUUUGUGGUGAUUCACAGGACUACCAAUGAGUAAAAACAGAUUAAUCUCUAGGUUGUUGAUUCUAUUGGGGGGGGGGGUGCACGUGCGUUUUAAAAAAACCUAAAUGCAUUCCAAAAGCACUUUUUUAAAAAAUCAACUAACUUGGUUUAGCAUCAUUUUUAAGAUAACACUGACAAACCAAAACAACCUAUUCAACUUUUCAAGCUAUCUACACCUGUACACACACACACACACACAGAGCGAGGGAUGGUGCGUGGGGCAGGAGCCGCAAGCAAGAAACCCCCUGCCCUAUCUAGGCAGUAGGCAGCUGGUAGUGACUGCAAUGGCUCCUUCCUCCCCCAACAAGAGUGCAGCUUCAAUCAUUCUCUUCCCAACCGUCAAGAUCAAGGGCAUAUAAUGUACACAUGUUUUAUAUUGUGAGGUACAAAAUAAGAACCACAGUACAUUUUUUUUAAGAUGCUGCUGAAACUAAUAUCAAAUAACCCAUCUAAAGCUCAUAAUCUCCCACACACUCACUCCAUGUUUGUCUGCCACUAGGAUGGAACCCCGGGGAAGUCAUCUUGGCAAGGGAUAUGCACUUGAAUAUUAACUUGGGAAAGCUGUAAAGUCCGGUUUGAGGAUGGAUUUCUGCCAGAACUUCACAAAUCAACACAAUUUGUUGAGGCUUUUCAAAUUUUAUCACAGAGAACCUGCAUGAUUUGAAUUGUUAGAUAUCACCCAAGUAUAACUAGAGAAAAGCAAAUAUAGUAAUUCCCUCUGGCAGUGCUGGCUUUUGGCACAGUCUGGGAGGAAGGAGAUGGAAGAAGAAACACAAGUGUCACUUAAGGUGGCAAAGUAGAUGCUGCCAGAAAGCUGAAACUUGUGAAAAGGUGGAAGAGGCCCAGCACUUGGCAUGUGUUGAUAGGGCACUUGGUCCUUUCCAAACAAGACCUGUAUUAAAAAGUGUUGGAUAGAGGAAUUCACACUUUGCUUGCCAGUUGUCUGCACCCCUAUAUGCAGGCUUCUCUGCAGAGCAGAAACCAAAUGACAGUAUAAAUACCCUAUUUGCUUUUAGAAAUGGCAACUCUUUGGCAACUCUGAAGCAAGCAGCAGCUAUUGCUCUUGCUUUGACAUUGUUUCUCACAUUCAUGGAAUGAUCAAUGCACAAACCCCCUCCCUCUUUUUUUUUUAAUAAAAUCGUCUUUAGCAGCAGUGGUCCACCACAGAUCUAUUGAGACAAUGUUCUGUUUGAGCAGACCAAUUGCAUCUCUGAGUACACUGAUAACUUACUCCUGAUAGAUGCUGGCUGUAAGAAAGCCCUGGUGUGGUGUGCUACAAUGCUACCAAAGGUUAGAAGACAAAGAGCCUCCUUUUUGUGUCAUCUUUUGAUAUUUGUUGCCCUGAUUGUGCCUUCAGCUAAGCAAAUGCCAUUAUAGCUAAUCUUUGCCUAUAAUUUCAUCCUAUAGAACGAACCUGGAGUUCAGGUUGUAUGUGCAAAGACGCAGAGGCAGGAAGCCCAGAUUUCAAAGAAUAAAACAGAACUCUAUGAGAGCUCACUGGGAACACUUUACAAGGCCACCACAGAGCCCCGUGGCUGUCUUCAAGAAGGUGGCCCAAACAAUAGCACUUCAUAUGCCUGGGUAUCUAAUUCUGUAAUUUUAGGUUAGCCUCCCUAUCCUUGAGUGUGGACCUCAUGCCACAUUUGAGGCAUUUGGCAAGGAGCAAUGUUGAGCAAUGGGUGAUUCAUGGAGAAAAUGUUACUGAUGUAGACAGGCCAAGAUAGAAGUAGUAGUUAUCCACAAAAAGGAGCAAAACACCUGAUCCCUGAACAUGCUGUCAUUCUGCACAACUUCCAACAAAUUCUUGAAACUUGCUUGUGUAAUAAUUUUUAAAGCCCAGAUUCCAUGGUGUAGAUGAUGAAACCUGCUUGUAGUUCAUCCGGCUCUGAUCAUGAGCACAUGAUCAGGAACUGCAUACAGGCACAUUUUGGUUCUAACUACAGUUAACGAAGCUACUAAGAUAUUGGAACAUUGAAGAACAAAACGCAUUAAUUUUCCACAUAUUUAUUGCUGCAGUAGUGGAGAUCACAUUCUCCCAAAGAAGAUCCCAGUAAUUUUUGCUGUAUGCAGAUUCAAACUUAGUGGGUAGCAGAGCUGCUCCUAAAACAAACACACAGAGACUUGUUUGACUCAGUUUUUCUCUUUCUCCCCUUGGUGUUCUUGUGCCCCUGCUCUGUUCUCUCUUUAAGCUGCUUUUGCAUGCUGGCAUACCUUUCCUUGCAUUCCCUUUCUCUGCUUUGCGUUACUGCUGGGCCCCCUUCUAUUCCUGUAGACUCCUUGCCUACCUGCUGCUAGUCUUGCUUUCGCUUCUUUCCUUGCUGCAUCUCACUGUGCUCCUUUCUGUCACUAGGACCCCAAGAGCUCCCCUCUGCUUCCUCCGGACCUGUUAAAGAGUCUGGCUGCCUUGGAGGAGGAGGAAGAGCUGAUUUUCUCUAAUCCUCCUGAUCUUUACCCAGCUCUGCUGGGUCCUCUCGCCUCUCUUCCUGGACGAAGCCUCUUUGUAUGUAUUUGACUUAAUUCUGCUGCUUCUCAUUCUAAUUUUGGCAUAUCUUUUUUUAUUUAUAUUCCGUUUCCCUGAAAGGUCAGUAGGACACAUGAAAUCCAUGUCCCUUCCUGAAAUAGUUGUUAAGGGGAAAUUUAAAUAAGCAGAGCUCAUAUGCUCAGGAUCAUAGAUAUCAGCUAAGAGGAAGUAGCUUUAACAUAGCUGUAAUACUUUUAUCAAUCCUAGGAUUGCUAUUUUCUUACCCAGCAACUGAGACCUUAAAAGCUCUGGAAGAGAGAGGGGCUGUUAGUAAACUUCUCCCUUGUGGUACUUCUUGUUUGGAAUUACCUUGACUUUCUAGGCCUACUCCUCCGUGAGGGAGCAGGAGAAACUGUUCCAGUUGACUUAGCUCCUGUUCCAGAGCUCUUAAGCAGGUACAGUCUCAGAAUCAAAAAGCGGUAACUCUAGAUGACCCAAAUCCUGAUCUCUUGCCUUCCUGAGAAAUUCCAGGUUGAGUUACUAUCUUGUACAAAACUGUAUCAUUUCUCUUUUAUAAUACGAAUGAAUAAGCUUGUAUCAAUAUGGGAGGUUGGAGACUGAAACUGAGAAACAAAUUUUCAGUUUUGCUGGUGCUUGGUGGGUUUUGAUACUGGAAUACAUUACCCUGCACACCUGUGCAAAAAUAUACGCCUCAGGUUGCAUGUGGACCAUUAAUCCCUUGUUUGAAGGAUCCCCAGGCAACUUCAGCAAUUAACUUAUGGGGCCCACACAUUCAUUGAGCCCAUUGAUGGUGUCUAGGUCUGUGCAAGUUACCUCUGCCUAUAUAAGCAUAAGAUCAAGUAUCCGUGUAGCCUAACCUCUAGAGGCCUUGUUGUCAAGUGUCAAAAUAUAAAUGUUAAUGUACCAUAUGGUAUUCACACACUUGUCUGACAGGAGGAGUUGAAUGUAUUAUUGAACGUAUAAUAAGAUAGUAACAUGUUCAAUAUAGUAUCCUUCUGAGGAAAAAGAUCAUGGGUUUUAGGGGCUUUUAUCUUUUCUUACCUUGGGUGAAAUUCUAAAGCUUGUUUUUUUAUAUAUAUAAAAAAGCCGCGGGCACAAACAUAAUACAAAGGUAGGGUUGCUUGUGUUCUGGUGGGGAUGAGCAGGCUGUGGCUCUUUUGAUGUUGUUGAACUGCAGCUCCCCUCAGGCCCAACCAUCACAGUCAGUUGACUGGGCCUGAUUGUAGUCCAACAAAAUCUGGAGGUUUCUCACCCAUGCAUUAUGGAAACCAAGGGAAUAAGACCAUUUUGAUCACAUCUGGGAAGUAUCCACUCUGUUCUCUAUAACUAGGAGGAUAGGCACUUGAUGAAAUUUCUCUUUUCCUGUUAAUUGGUCUGUUGAAAUGCUUCUCCAAGGUGCCAAAUGGGAAUUUUGGCAAGUGCCGUUGUAGCCCAGAGGAUUCUUGAAGACAUCGACCAAAUAUCUGUGGCCAUGAACUGUAGGCCAGUUGAAACAUUACAGCUCCUAUGCCAAAAUAAGUCCCAAGCUAUGCUCCUCAUCUUCAUGGAUUGGCCUGAGCCAGUCUUUUCCACAGCAGCCAGCACUUGGGGAUGUGGUACCAGUGUGCAAUGCUGCCCAUGUUUGGGCCAGCACAGAGAUGUUGUCAGCAUUAUUUCUGCCACACGAAACAUCACUAACAAGGAAUUACUCUUUAGUACUUGAAGGGGUGUGAGGGAACGUUACAUUUAAUUGGCAUUCAUCAGUUGAGCAGGUCGUUGUCUUUCAGCAUUGGUUCCUACCCUCUAAAAUGGGGUUAACAAUUAUCCUUCCACACAAGGUGGUUGUGUGGAUUAGCACAAUGAGGGCUACAAGGAACCUGAACAUCUGAGUGGGGAUACUGUGGGUGAAUAAACUGUAUUUCAAGUGUGGCUCAAGGCUUUUGAUUUCUGGGAAGGUGAGGUGGUCCAUGUAUAAAAUGCUUGAUUUGUACUAAAAACAGGUUUCUAACAUUCAUAAGCACCAAAUGUAUUAGUCCAGGACAUUUGUUUAACUGAAGUUAUAAAAGGGAAGUCAUCUCUGUUUGGAUGAUAGACUUGAUCCUUUAUUUCUACCUACACAAAAUAUACUGCCUAUAGAGAUUCUGCCACAUAAACCCACACAUUCCUACUCUGUCUUUAGUGUUAAGGUAUAGUGGUGGCUUCUGAAGCUUCAGGUACUGGUACAUUACACCAGCAAGGUACCAGCUUGGAUGAGUAAUACUGAAUUGUUCAACUUAGUGAAUAGUAGCAUUCAUUUAGUUUUGGUAUUACUUCAGCUACCUUCCCAGUUCCUUCAAUGACCUGAGCUGAACCCUCCACAAGCCAAGGUGAUUUUUGCCUACGAGGUGUAGAAAGAGUGCCUAACUCUUGACUACUGUAAUUCGCUCUACGCGGGGCUGCCCUUGAAGCUGUCCCAGAAACUCCAGCGGGUGCAGAAUGCUGCAGCGAGGCUCCUCACGGGGUCUCUGCCAUGGGAGCAUAUUCACCCAGUGCUUUUCAGCUGCACUGGCUCCCGGUGGAGUACAGGGUCAGAUUUAAGGUGCUGGUUUUGACCUUUAAAGCCCUUCACGGCCUAGAACCCUCGUACCUACGGGGCCGCCUCACCCGGUAUGCCCCACGGAGAGCCUCAAGUUCCAUAUAUAGCAACACCCUAGUGGUCCCGGGCCCUAAGGAAGUCAGAUUAGCCUCAACCAGAGCCAGAGCCUUUUCAACACUGGCUCCGGCCUGGUGGAACGCUCUGCCUCAUGAGACCAGGGCCCUGCAGGAUCUGAUUUCUUUCCACAGGGCCUGUAAGACAAAGUUGUCCGCCUGGCCUUUGGCUUGGAGCUAAUUUGAUUCCCUCCCCCCCUUUCUUUUUCCUUUCUCCUCCUGUGAAGAAGCUGCAUCCUAAUGUUUUAAUGUUGUAUUUUAAUCUUGUUUUUUAAAUUGUAUUUUAAUCAACUUGUUUUUAUUAUUGGUUGUUAGCCGCCCUGAGCCCGGUCUUGGCUGGGGAGGGCGGGGUAUAAAUAAAAUUUAUUAUUAUUAUUAUUAUUACUACUACUACUACUACUACUACUACUACUAACUGACCAGAGUGACUGUCAAAGUCAAUGUUUAAAUCUAGUUCAUUAGCAAAAUUCUCAGUCUGUUCUGGGUUCCAAGCUACAUAAGCCAUCACAAGGUACACAUGCCAGCAAAUGUUUGCAUUGGUUUGCUACCAGAUAAUUUUAGAGUAUCCUUCGUCUGCUCAUCACAGUUUAGGUCUGAUGUCCUGAAUUACGUAGCUGGCUUUAUUUGUGUAAGCAAAGGCACACGGUUACCAUUCACCUAUGAUUAGAAACUUGCAUGAUUAAAUCAGUGAAGAGCAUCUUUCUUUGCUGCAGAUCUAGCACUAGUCAGUAUCAGUUCAAGGCAGCACAUGAUAUUGCACUGGAACACACCAUAGAAGGUGGGAUAAUAUGUGUUCAGUGCUGGAAAAUAAUUGAUUAUCUUCCCCGGGCAUUAAAAAUUUGGAAGUUCCCAAAUUUCUGAUAGGCAAGACUGAAUUAUGAUUUGUAUGAAUUAUGCAAAUUGAGCAGCUUUGCAUAAUUCUUUUGCAUAAUUUAUCAUUGAGCAAAGAACUAUAAGGGCAAUGAAGCUUUGCUGCCAAUGAUUUCAAAUAUCAGCCAUCCCUCUGGUUUUUGAUCUUUCAGCAGGCAUUUGUCACAUAGUAUUGGUUGUUCCUUUAAAGACAAACAGGGCAGAAACUUGCUAGGUUUUUUUAAAAAAGGAAAGCUGGAUUUCUCAUGAAGGAUUAUGCACCCAGUAAAAUAUUUUGCACUUUGUGCUCUAACGAACAAGACAGUUUCAGGAAUUAUUGGGAAAACACGGCUAAUUCAGUCAGUAAGUAAUCACGUUUGCAUGAGGGCCCACACCACUAGUAUAGCAUUUUAAUUAACAAACUACAGUCUAGGUGCCUUCAAGCACUGAAUGAUGUGUUAUUGAGGUGCUGGGACAAACCCUAUUUUUAAAAUGACGUUCCCCAGGUGUUUUCCUUUUUAUUUUUCUAGUCAAUUUACUGAGUUCCUUCGCAAAUUUGCAAAUACGUCCUUGCUUCCCACUUGCAAAAUAACUCUUCUGUAUUUAUUUUGCACAGUAUGGUCUAAGCAUCUCUGUUGUGUAACAAAAGAACUGGGCAAAAGUCUCCGCUGCAUUUCCUUUUCUCACACAAUUGUUUGAGCACUCUUAUGAUGGUUGCUAGAACCAUCUGCUUUUAUCCAGAAAUGUGACCCAUGUUUUCGGUCAAUAAUGCAUAAUGUUUUUUCCUUUGGUUUUCUGAAGAAAUCGCUGCUGGAGAAACCAUCAGAUCUAAUGUCUCAGUCAUCUUCUUUCCUGUCGCUCACGGGCUUCUCUCUUAAUCAGGUAAUUAACUAUAGAGAUUGCUUCUCUCUCUUUUUGGACAGUGCCAUCAGUUCACGUGUUAAUUUUUGUAGGAGUCUGGACUAAGCUUCUUCAGAUGGGAAUCUCAUGUUGGAGGAGGGGAAGAAUUUCAAUAUAAAUCCUUGCCUAGUGCUGGCAGUUCUGGGUUAGGGCGUUUCUUUCUGAUAGGCUGCUUAUUUAAUUGCCUAACAUUUGGAGAACUCUGUUGUGUGACACGCACACCAUUCUACAACCUGAAGUGGUGCACUGCAAACACAGGCUUAUCACCUCAUGUACUGGGUAUUAAUCUCUCACAACUUUUAAUACAAUUUUGAAGAAAGCUUCACAACCUGAGUCAUGUGGUAUUUCAAUUGCUGAUUUUUUAAAUGUAUUUUUUCCUUGGUUUUAAUGUAUGGUUGUAAGUCACUUUGAGUUUCCUUGGACAAGAAAAAGUUAAUAACAAAUAUAAUGAGUAAAUUAAAAUACAUAAUAAUACAAAGAAUUGCAAUUUGAUGCUUUAACUUCAGUCUAAUAUGUUCAUGUUACGUUUUUUGGUUUUUUUAUUCUGCAAUUUGCAGUUGGCUCAUCGGCUAAUUGUUCAAGGAAAAGAUUUAAGAAAUAAGGGAGGAAAAAGCCCUACGUGCUCUCAGGAGUAGGCCUGGGCAAUAUAUUGAUACAUUGCCCAGGACCGGUAUGAGGAGCAGACCACAACGUCGGCUUCCCUCAGCGGUAUAUCGCUGGUGAAGCCGCCACCGCCAGCAGUGCCUCUGGAGGGAGUCAAGAGCUCCUUUGGCGAGGUGCCGAUCCAGCUUGUUCCUCCUUCUGCAUCUUUAAACUGCUCGGCUGAGGAGUGUGCAGCUGCCCUUGCCUCAGGCAAGCAGUUAAGAGGCACCCCAGCCCGGCGCUGGCCCAUCAAGCCGGCGGCGGGGGGGGGGGGCCUCUGUGAAACUGCUCAGCUGAGGGGAGCAGGGUUGCCGAUGGGCAAGAGCGCUGGGUGGGGGAAACCCUCCCUCCCCCCCCCCCCAGCUGAGUGGCGCAAACAAGCUGCAUUGUCCCAGCCUGCGUGAAACUCUCUCAGCUCUUGAGGUGAGAGCUGGGCAGUUUCCCCUGGUGUCUCGUGGGCAGAGGCCAAUGCUGCUUGUUUUUUCAACAUCGCAGUAUAUCAUCAGACCAUGAUGUUUGGCUGGCGAUACACCGCAGUGUUGAAAUGCUGAGAGCGCCCAGCCAUACUUGGGAGCCUGUUCCUGCAUUUCUCUGUGUGAGUCACUGUUCUGAUUGAGUUUCUAAGGAGCAGGUAAUUCCCCAGCUCAUCUGCAUUGGGAGUGAUUGCUUGAGCCAAUCACACCUUCCAGAGAAUUUCAUUUUCCCAAAGCAGAACUUAUUUCAGAUGAAGCAAAACAUCUGUAAACAUUGCAUUUGCCAUUUCAAACCACAAACCACAUGUUCAGCACCAUUUUGUUUCUCUAUUAUUAUUAUUAUUUUUAAAAAAUCCUCUUUUUAAAAAUUGGGGACUUGGGUGUUGUUGUUUUUCUAAUACCCCCAAAUAAUUAAAAUGAUUAAAGGUACAAGGCUGUGUUAUAUCCAUGUGCUGUGCUAUAAUCUCCAGUGUGGUUAUAAUGUGUGAUUCAGGACACAUGAAGUUGUGAUAACUAUGUCUUAUCACCCAGAAUUCCUUCAUUCUUUUUAAAAAGAUUUUCUUUAAAAAAUGUAGUGAAAUGCAAAAAUAGCUCUGUGUCUUUAAUAACAGUAAAAAUCCUUUUUUAAAUGGCAUGUUUCUCGAGCUGUGAGAGCUGUAACAUUUGCUUGCCAGCUUAGGUAUAUCUUUCCUGAUUCUGACAGAAAAACUUACUUCACUGCCCAAAUGCAAUAAUGUAUUGGAUAGGUCUAGGGAGCAGGUUUAAUUUUCAUCUCUUGCUCUUGCAGGAAAGAUACCCAAACAGCAUGUUCAAUGAGGUUUAUGGGAAAAACCUCAAUGCCAGCACAAAACCAGAGGUCGCUCCAUCAGUUGCUCACCAGGAGACUUCACUCUACUCCCUCUUUGAAGGUACUCCAUGGUCUCCAUCUCUUCCAGCCAGUUCAGGUAAUACACUUUCAUAUAUGUAUAACAUGUAUUAAGAUUUUUCACUAACUAGUUCAGAACCCAAGCGUGGUUUGACUUUCUUCUGUGCAGUCACACAACCCACCCUCUUUCCUUGCUGCCCAUGUCCAUUUUAUCACUUGCUGUAUUUUCUGGGAAGUGAACUGAACAGAAAGCCGUUUCCCCCACUCCGCAUGGCCUAGCAUUGGCAAUUUUUUUACUUGAAAGGACAAGCAAUAAGUACCAAUUUGUAAGGAAGGUUUAGCUCUAGAAAGUUCCAAAGGUGCGGAACAAUUAUGCCUUGACCAAAGAGUUUCCCACUCAAAGAUUGGUCAUGUCAGCCACUUGUUUUGUCAUGUAAGCAUUAUAAACCCAUGUCCCAAAUUGCUACAAUUUCAGUUUUGUUAGUCUGCUUGAUCCUAUAUGUAAGAUCCUAUAUGUAAGAAUGCUGCAAUGAGGAAACAAAGCCAGGCAAAGACUCAAAAGACAGCAGUGAGAAGUGUUCUUCUUUUAGAUGGCAGUUAAAUGACAUGAUAUUACACAGCACAGAAAUUGUAAAUAAGGGGCAACGCUCCCUGCAAGAGUUUUUUUACCUCAACCUUAACAAAGAAACAGAUUUAAAUAUAGUAUGGGAUACUAGUGAGGCAGUAAUAAGAGGUUUUUUUAAUCAAACAAAUACCAAAAAAGGGGGGGGGACAAGAGAUUUUGAACACAUUAAUUAUCAAAGAGAAGGAAUUAAAUAUAAAACCAGAGAAUAAAGAAACUGCAGACUACCAAAUUAUUACAAGCAAAAUUCUCAAUGUUGGUGAAGCAAGAGAUUGAAAUGAAAAUAAAAUUAAUGAAACAAAAAAACUUUGAAUCUCCAAAUAAGCCAGGUAAAUUGUUGGCUUGGCAACUUAAAAAGGAAAGGAGAAAUAAGAUAAUAAAUAAAAUUACUGAUGAAGGGAAACAUUUGAUACGCCUGAAAGAGAUAAGAAAGGUAUUUGUAAAAUUUUACACAGCAUUAUAUCGGUGUGCGAAGGAAGAUCCUGAGAAAAUUGAAUCUUAUGUAAAUGGCUGUAAUAUACCUAAAGUUUCUAAGGAGGAUUUGAGAACGUUAAAUGCAUCCAUAUCAAUGUUGGAAAUGCAGUUGGAGAUAAGUUGAAUGAAGAUGGAUAAAGCACCAGGCCCAGAUGGAACUACUGCAGUUUAAUAUAAAAAGUUCAAAGAUGUGUGUGUAGACUCAAAAAACAGCAAUCUGUACUUUUUGGGGUAUUGUGUUGACUUUCUUCUCUAACCUUCUGUUCUAAUAGAUCAUUCAACACCAGCUAGCCAGUCUCCUCAUUCCUCUAACCCAAGCAGCUUGCCAAGCUCUCCUCCAACCCACAACCACAAUUCUGUUCCAUUUUCCAACUUUGGGCCCAUUGGGACUCCAGACAACAGGGAUCGGAGGGUCGCAGAUCGAUGGAAGACUGAUAAGCCAGGUGAGCAGGAGGUUCUAGCAUGAGGUAUCAUUUCAGUGGUUUGUUGGAUCACUUGCUUGUUAACCUUUCUCCCUUUCAGCAAUGGGAGGAUUUGGCCUGGACUAUCUCCCAGCAACAUCUUCCUCAUCAGAGAGUAGCUGGCACCCAGCCAGCACUCCCAGUGGUACCUGGUCAGCCCAUGGCCCGUCUGUAGAGGAUUCGUCAGCUGUGCUUAUGGAAAGCCUGAAGGUAGGUUAUAUAUUGGGGCGCCAGGCUGAGUCACACACUCAAACUAAGGCAAAAGGCUGGACAGAGGUGCUGCCAAAGUCUCCUUUGCUGUUUACCCUGGCGGAGCAGGGAUGAGGAACCUCUCCACCCCACCCCACCCCAAAGUUGUUGAACUUCAACUCCCAUCCGGUUUAGCCAGGGUGGCCAGAAACAAAGGUUGAAGGGCUUAUUUCUGUUUACACUGGGGAUGAUGCAGUUAAAGACCUGUUUGCCUGUACCUAAGGAGAAAGCAGUUGAGGGUGCUGCAAAGUAGGCGAGGAAUUGGGAUGGGAGACUACACUGGGGUGGGGGGAAGCCGGUUGCCUACUGUUGCAGUACUGUAGAAAUGAGAGGAGGUGGCGAGAGCAUGGAAGAAAGUUCACUUAUUUUGACCGUUUUGGCAUUUUCUCUUGCUACUUUCGCUUUCACGUUAGCGGAUGUUUGGUGUGUGCUUCUUUUUAGUCUAUCUGGUCCAGUUCGAUGAUGCACCCUGGACCUUCUGCCCUGGAGCAGCUGCUGAUGCAGCAGAAGCAGAAGCAGCAACGUGGGCAAGGUGCCAUGAAUCCACCGCACUGAGAACGAAAGGGUGGCAACCUUUGCAACCGAAAAGCUCCAUACAUCAUGGCAUGUUGGGUUUGCAGGACUGUCUCACACGGCCCUGUGCGCGUGGCAGCCCUCUCUUCUGUUCCUUGCCGUCAGGAGGGCGUAAGUGCUCCACCAACCCACUGAGUGUGCACGAAAAUGUCUGCAGUGCAAUGGAAAACCAACACCAGGAACUCUCCCAUCCCUCCGGGGCCCUCUGGAGGGAGAGAGGGACUGCUGUUUGUCUCACGGUAACCUGAUAUCACCGCCUCUCACCUUCUCCAUCGUGCAUGUCCCCAGCCAUGUGGGAAAAUAAAAUGCUGAGAAUGAAGAGCAGAUGGGAGAAGCCACUGAGAACUUCUCGAUCCUCCUCCUCAGUUCUGGGGAAACCAAUAGGAGUCUAUUACCGAUAGGUUUGCUGACUGAGAAUGUAGUUGAAAUUUAUUCCUCAACAUCUAAGUUUCCAAUUACUCCUCUCUCAGUUGUAAGGCCACACUGAAUUCUUCCAUACACAGAUGUGCUUUGUAGUCAGUGUGUAGCAACCCCUCCAGUCGCUGGUCCAGCCCAAGGUGGGUGGGGGUAGAUUGGGUGGGGGUGCUAGCGUCCGUCUCCCAAGUUAGGUAAGGAGUUUCGUGAAGGAGAACCUGCCCCCUCCAGUACCACUUCCACCUUUUUCUCAGAGGUUGUCCCUGGAAUAACCCCAAGCGGGAGAGAUUCCAGUACUGAAGUGCAGUGGUCACUGCAGGGCUCUCCGUUAGGGCAAGCAAACCACUGCUACGGGGUUUUAAGUUAAAUGGUUCAGAUUCCUGUACAUUUUAUGAUAGUGUAGUGACCAGCCUCAUGAAAUGGCAAGCUGGUCUGUGCAUUCACAGCCUGACUCCCUUUUUAUGUAGGUAGAUAAAAAGCUUUGUGUCUUCCCCCCCACCCUACCCCACCCCCUUUCUCCCUUCCCCUCCUUCCCCUUUCCAUGCUGGUUGCUUGUAGUUUUGUUCUUCAUAUACAGCAUCCCACAGUCAUAGCAGGAUAAUGGGGAGUAAAAGAGCUAGUCUGGACAGGAUGAUGUGUGCAAUCCCUCUCCCUAUAGGUGUAUGCCCACUCCACAGGCCUGCACACACCUGUAGCCACAAGGUUUUGGGAACGGAAGUUCAAGGCAGCAGAGGACACAUCACAUGGAACCCGCGCACAGAAGCCAACUGUCCUACUUGCCCCUACAAGGGUGCACAAUGGGGACAAAGGGUUCCACUGGAUAUAUUUAUUUGCGCAGAAGGAAGACUGCAAAUCUUCUUGCAUAGGAUAAAAGGACAGCAUUUAUUUUUGUUUCCCAGCGUAGUUACGGAAGCAACCUAAAUACAAGAAACUGCUGCAGUCGCAGGAGAGUGUGUGUGUGCGCGCGUCUGUCAGUUCAGGAUCUGCAAGCUGGGAAAUGGCUGCAGAGCAAAGCACAUCCAGGGUCCACAAGGGACGUUGUGGAGUCGGGGAGCAGCCCCAUAUAGACUUGAUAUAAAAGGGAAGAUGUAUGCAUAGUGCUCUGUCUAGGAUAGGAAUUGGACCCCCUUUGCCUCCCCAUGCUAGCAGUGUUGCUGCUCUGCAUCACAUCUCUAAACGAUGUUCCUCCGAAGCAAAAGUCUCAAGGAUUAAGUUCCUGCCCUGGUUGUAAUCUUCAGCUGAGACCCUCUGUGCUUAUUUGAUGCCCUGUCCCUGCUUCCAGCCCACCCUUCUUCCAGUUUGUGUAUUUGAGCUGUGCAUCGAGGCAGCUGCAACAUUCCAGCGUUUGAACCACCACCGAUUCUUGCACCCUAGGCAACCUAACCAGGUUCAUCAUCUGAUUCUCUCAGCAGCGCCAGAGUCCCAGCCCAUAGGCUCCUAUUUCUGCAUGAGAAGUCUGGUGUUUAGAAUGUUUUUCUUGAUCUUUUGAGCAGGGCUCCCUAUUCUCCUCCCCCUUACACACACACACACACACACACACACACACACACACACCCUGCUGUCAGGAGCCUCAAGGGAAGGGAAGAUUCCCCCCCCCCCCCAGCAGAGAAAACUGGUUUGUGUCGUAAGCUUCUUUUGUGUUUUUGUCUGUCUGUGCGAGACCUGCAGCUGCUGAACUCAGCUUUGCCUUUAAUUAAACCAUGUUCUCUACAGCCA